UUGAACAUUGUCUUUUUAGAUAUAGAGGAAUGUAAAAAAGAUUUGGAUAAUUGUCAUACUGAUGCCAACUGUACAAACACUUAUGGAUCAUUCUACUGCGCUUGUCAACUUGGUUACACAGGAGAUGGAGUCUCGUGUGUCGGUAAAUGCUAAAAAAAGUAAUUUUAACAUAUCGUUUAAAAAUAUUUUCUGCGAGACCUGGUACUCUAAGUCUUUUUCCAAUCAUUCUGCUGCCUCUUAUUGCAGCUCCUUUAGCAUCAAAGAAAUUGUGCACCACUAAACUGUAUUUCUCCCACAGGGUAGUACUGCUGAAUGAAAAACCUGAAUGACAAGUCUACGAGCGCUUGCUUAUAUUGAGCACUUUUGAACGACAGCUCGUCUUACCGCUUUGAUAAUAAAUAAAGUGUGUUCAUAUGGUCGGGCGAAAAGAGAGCUGAAUUUUGCCGUACGAAGUUUACAGGCCGGUCUAUCCGGAUGGCUUUUACUUACCGCUAUCGUGGUCAAAAUUGUUGAGAAGUUUUUAGCUUUCACAUUUCAGUGGAUUUCUGUCCCCAUUCCCUUGAAUCAGUUUUGUACAUAAAGAAAGCGUAUUUGGCCUGUAAUAACCCAAUAUUGAUGGGAUUAGGCUUUUUUGGUUUACCAAAUGAGCGGUUCAUACUUCACUAACAGACAGCAAUUUAUCUCUGUAAACAAUCAGAUUCAGAUCCACUGCAAAAAACAUGUGGAUUACCACAAGGCUCUGUGCUUGGCCCAGUAUUAUUCCUGAUUUGUAUUAAUGACUUCACCAAUUGUUCAUCUAUUUUUUAUUUCCGUUUAUUUGCUGAUAAUUUUAAUCUAUAUUAUACCCAUAGUGAUUUACAUCAUGUUGAGGAAAAUGUUAAUCGAGCCUAUGGCUUCGUGCCAACCAACUCACAAUAUUGCUAAAACACAUUUUGUAAUAUUUCAUCCUCAUCAAAAAAAGAUAAACAAUUCCUUGAACAUUGAAACAGAUUGUAAGCCAAUUAAUUAACAAAAAAGUGUUAAGUACCUUAGCAUUCUCAUAGACUGUCAUCUCAGUUGGAAGGAACAAAUCCAAGAAAUUUAAAAAAUAUAUAUCUAGGGUUAUUGGAGUCCUAGGUAAGAUUAGACAUUUUGAUGACACGAAAACACUAGUUCAAUUAUACCAUGCCAUUAUUCUUCCCUUUCUCUCCUGUGGCUGUACAGUGUGGGGCAACACUUAUGACCAUAACAUUAAAACACUUCAAAUAAUACAAAGAAAAGCAAUUCGUUUAAUUACUUUCUCUAAUUUCGAUGCUAAGCUUAACCUUCUUAAACUUCAAGAUCAUUAUUAAGCUUCAAACUCUCUGCUUUAUGCAUCAAUUUAAUACUGGCAAACUACCAAAGAUCUUUGAUUCGUUUUCUGUUAAAACAUCUUGUAAACAUAACGUAAACACUUGAUUUGCAUCUAGAUCUAUUUUCUAUCUUCCAAAAAUUCGAACAAAUUAUGGCAAAUUUAAUAUUCGAUUUAAUGGACCUAAAUUAUGGAAUGAACUCGAUGAAAGAUUCAAGUGUCUUACUUUCAAUCGAUUUUAAAAAGAACUAAAGUUGCAUUUCAUUAGUCUCUAUUAAUCUUUACUGAUAUUUUGAUGGUGUAUAUUUAUUUAUUUUGUUUUGUUUUGUUCUGUAUAUCCACUAUUGUACCAAGUUUAUGAUACUUAUGUGUACCAAUGUAUUUGUUGUGCCUCUUUCCUGACUUUCACAUUUUUAAUUAUCAUAAUUACUGUCACCCAACUAGUUUAGCUUUUUAGUUAUUUUGGGUGUCCGACUACUGUAUGCACUGUUUAUUUAUAAUAUUCUUGUAAAUUCUUUUGGUUGUCUAAAGUAGUAGAAAUAAACUGUUGUUGUUGUUGUUGCUCGUAAAAUGCUGGAAAGUUGCUCACUGCAAUGCCAAAAAGUUGCUCCCUAACUUUCAAAAGUUACCACCUAAAUUUCUUGAUAUUCUUAUAUAAACGUUAAAUAAAAGCUUUAUUUUUCGUUCUUCACAAUAAUUACAAACAUCGGUCAAGAAAAAAAAAUGAAAAAAAGUAAAAAUAAUAAUUUAAAAAAUAAUUUAAAAAAUAGAAAAAUUGAACUUUUCAAUGAAAUCGUUGACUUUUUCGUGCUUGAUUGAUAUGUGCUCUAAACCUAUAUUUUGCUCAAAAAAUGCUCAGAAAGACAAAAUUUGCUCGAGGUUGCUAGAACCUCAAAAAUUUGCUCCAAACGCCAAAAGUUGCUCAAAAGUUGCUGAGCACAAUCGGGAAAGGCCUAGAUGGGUGCUAUUAAGGUGGCUCGACUGGAUUUUUUUCAGGGGAUACCUCCCAGGUUUGAGCAUUAACUACGUCGCCAUGAGCAAAGAUAUGGGAAAAAGAUUACCACAACUGUAUUAUAUAAAGAUGAAAAUUUCUUAUGAUCUGGGUUUUAUUGCAAUCGGAGUCGCCAUGGCAACGUAACGACGCCAUUACGUUUUUUAUUUAUCUUUGUGUUUCUCUGUACCGGGAGUUUUUUUAAGAAAUCGCUUAAGGGAGUUUGUACCUGCCAUAAUUGCCUCAAUUAUGGCAAAGUUUGAACAAAUUCUAUGAGAGCGUUUUCGAGAUAUUUUGAAACGAAGUUUUAAGCAUCAUAAAAACAGUGAAAUAGCAUGCUAUCCACGCAAUUAGCUAAAUUUUUGAGAAAAUGAUAAGCUUUGGAAACGCGGCUUCAUCUCAUAGUGGUUUGAUUCCAUUGAAAACUGCGUACAAAAAAAGAGGAGAAUUGCUCCGGGCGAUCUCGAGUAAGAAGAAUUUUAGUAACUUGCAUUCGGCUGCUUUUGUUACGGUUUUUGCACAUAAUUUGGUGGAUGCCUACAAAUUUCGCAUUUUUCAAAAAACCGCUCUAUAAAUUUUUUUAUAAAUUUUGCAAUCGCGAGAUCAAUCAUCUAUAAAUAUACCCUGCAAGUUUUAAGAACAUUGAAAACAGAGAAGGCUUUUAAAUAGGGCCUCAAAUAUAACCAAUUUUCCCCCCAUAUUUUGUGUUUACAAGUGAGCGUCCUCAUUAUUCACUGGCACUGUUUCCAAGUUUUAUAUGCACGUGCCCAUUUAGCAAAAAGAUAGAAUUUGCAUCAAAAAAGAACCCUCUGUUAAAUCUCCCGAAUAUGCUAAUAACCGGGUAAAGAAAUUAGUGAUAUAUUAUAACGUCACAGCAACUCUUUGUAAGAGUUUCUGUGAAGUUAUAACCCGAGUAAGUAAAGUAUUUCAUCCUGCACGAUGAGCCGUGACGUUCACCGUCUCGGCUCUCACUGCUAUCUGUGACACAAGCCAAUUAUUAGCAUAUUCCGGAUAUUUCUUCCGAAAGUAAUCGAGAGUUCUUUUUGAUGCAAACUUAUUUAUUUUUGCUAAAUGUGCACGUGCAUAUGAAACUUGGAAACAAUGCCAAUGAAUAAUGAGGACGCUCACUUGUAAACACAAAACCUGGGGGGAAAAUUGGUUAUAUUUGAGGCCCUAUUUAAAAGCCUUCUCUGUUUUCAAUGUUCUUGAAACUUGCAGGGUAUAUUUAUUAGCAAAUGAUCUCGGGAUUGUGAAGUUUAGAAAAAAUUUUAUCGAGCGGUUUUUUGAAAAAUGUGAAAAUUGUAGGCAUGGACCAAAUUAUGUGCAAAAACUGUAACAAAAGCAGCCGAAUGCAAGUUAAUAAAAUUCUUCUUACUCGCGAUCGCCCAGAGCAAUUCCCCUCUUUUCUUGUACGCAGUUUUCAAUGGAAUCAAACCACUAUGAGAUGAAGCCGCGUUUCCAAAGCUUAUCAUUUUCUAAAAAAGUUAGCUAAUUGUGUGGAUAGCAUGCUAUUUCACUGUUUUUAUGAUGCUUAAAACUUCGUUUCAAAAUAUCUCGAAAACGCUCUCAUAGAAUUUGUUCAAACUUUGCCAUAAUUGAGGCAAUUAUGGCAGGUACAAACUCNAAACACAAAACCUGGGGGGAAAAUUGGUUAUAUUUGAGGCCCUAUUUAAAAGCCUUCUCUGUUUUCAAUGUUCUUGAAACUUGCAGGGUAUAUUUAUUAGCAAAUGAUCUCGGGAUUGUGAAGUUUAGAAAAAAUUUUAUCGAGCGGUUUUUUGAAAAAUGUGAAAAUUGUAGGCAUGGACCAAAUUAUGUGCAAAAACUGUAACAAAAGCAGCCGAAUGCAAGUUAAUAAAAUUCUUCUUACUCGCGAUCGCCCAGAGCAAUUCCCCUCUUUUCUUGUACGCAGUUUUCAAUGGAAUCAAACCACUAUGAGAUGAAGCCGCGUUUCCAAAGCUUAUCAUUUUCUAAAAAAGUUAGCUAAUUGUGUGGAUAGCAUGCUAUUUCACUGUUUUUAUGAUGCUUAAAACUUCGUUUCAAAAUAUCUCGAAAACGCUCUCAUAGAAUUUGUUCAAACUUUGCCAUAAUUGAGGCAAUUAUGGCAGGUACAAACUCUCUUAAGCGAUUUCUUAAAAAAACUCCCGGUACAGAGAAACACAAAGAUAAAUAAAAAACGUAAUGGCGUCGUUACGUUGCCAUGGCGACUCCGAGGGCAAUAAAACCCAGAUCAUAAGAAAUUUUCAUCUUUAUAUAAUACAGUUGUGGUAAUCUUUUUCCCAUAUCUUUACUAAUGGCGACGUAGUUAAUGCUCAAACUUGGGAGGUAUCCCCUGAAAAAAAUCCAGUCGAGCCACCUUAAAAUAAUAUAGAUUUAUUGUUAUGGCAACGUUAAGAGAACAUCAAUAAGCCAAAGUACUGAUUCAUGAUUCUUAAAACCUCUUAAAACCCACUUUUUUUCCUUAUUGUACGCAUGCGUGUUUGCUGAAAAGAGCCACAUAAGAUUAUUUUAAGGACGAUGGAAGAUUUCAAGCUAUUAAAUAAGAUACGCUAGAAAAUAUUCAGACUUUGAUUAAGACAAUAUUUUUUGUCUAUUCCCUUACAAACUACCACUUUAACAGUUCCAUCUUGGUUAAUCAGUAGCACAGUAUUCUUCGUUGAAUGGUUAACAAGGCUCCAAUGAACAGGCCCGGAUUCCACCAAGAACAACAAACGCUCUCUGCAGCGACAUAUUUGUGUUUACAGUUUCCACAGAAACUGAAACACUAUCCAGCCAUGUCGUCAGUCCGUAAGAUCCGUAAUGGCCGUGAAACGCUAAUUCUGAAGGACGGGUGUCCCAUUACGCCCUAGUCGUUGCUUGUCAGUAUGUAAAUUUAUUCUUUUCUUGUCUAAAGAAAUUUUGCUAAAAAGGGAUAACUGUGGUAAUCGGCUUGCUACAUGUACCUAGGUAACAUGAAAGUGAAGUUUCACCUUUAACGUCAGAAAAAUAAGCGUGACCUGUUGUGUCAAAAAAGGUUUUUUUUGUCGAUGCAAGAAGUCACGUUUCAUUUUCUCUUUGACUUUUUUCAUGUUCAAAAACCUGGUAAGUCUGGAUCGACCAUGGUUUACAAUUCUUUUAACCAGCCUUUUGGUGCAAGGAAAAACACGUGAGAUGCGAGUCUGUUUAUGGGGCUAAGGCAAUCUAAGACUGUACUGAAUAAAAAACUCUGCUUAUUUCUCUUUCUAAGAUGUCGCGGAGUGUUCUGUCGGAUUUCACAACUGCCAUACUGAUGCCAACUGCACCAACACAAAAGGAUCGUUCUACUGCACGUGUCAUACGGGAUACUCUGGAGAUGGAGUCACGUGUGUUGGUACGUACGAUCGUUUCAUUUACCGUGGUGCUUCAUUGAAGCACUGGUCGUAAUGUCGAAUAGAAGAACACGCAGUAGGCAAUUAAAUACAUGCAUUGCCGCGUCAUGGAUUUACUCGCGGUAUUUAUAAGUUUUACAGUGUAAUUAAAAGAAAUAAGGUUGUGAAGCAAAAUACGAGAAAUCCUUUCCUCAAUCAACACUGAACUGAAUACACUGCAGGCUCCUCUAUACUAAGUUUAAAUAAAACAUUUGGCGGGGAGUUUAAUCAUUACUAGUAAGAAAUAACUUAGCAUAUGAGUAUAUUAAACAGACAUUAUUUCUAUCGUUGUCUUAUCUUAGAUGUGAAUGAGUGUCUGCCCGAUGAAAUAUCUGAUGAAUAUCGUUUGCUCUCCCACACCUGUCACGCUGACGCCAACUGUACCAACACUAAUGGAUCCUUCUACUGCACGUGUCAUACGGGAUACUCUGGAGAUGGGGUCACGUGUGUUGGUGGGUAUUCUACACACACUAUCCUUUCCUUUAGUACAGUUGAACCUCUCCACAACGGCCACCUUGGGGACAAAAGAAAGUGGCUGUUAUGGGGAGGUAGGGUUGUUAUAUGACAAUUCUUUCAGGGAGUGCCAAGUUCAUGCCUGUUUACUGUCCAUCCAAUCAUAUUUAAUGCAAAGAGACAAACUACACAAAAAAAUUGAAUUAUGUCUUGAAUCAAGAUGUUGACGUAACCGCCAAAACGAGCAAGGUUCGCAACAUUCGCCAUAAGUACUUACUGCUGCAGUAUAAAUGAAGCAAAAAUCAAAAUACGAUUGCCCCGAUAUAUCAUAAACGUGCAAAUUCAUGACCAUUCUUGACUUUCUCAUCAGUCAUUGAAAAACACUGACCUUCGCCGAGAGGUUAUUUUGGCAGUUGAGAACACGCGUUACUGGCCGAUGCCGCUAUAGAGAGGUGGCCGUUGUGGAGUAGCCUCCCCUGCAGACGUUCUUAGGGGUUUGUCACGCGUUCCUGACCCACGGACGUCUGCUGACUUGAGCGGAAAAAACGUAGACCAAUCACAGCAGACUUCCAGACCUGGGAAGUGCACUUUGGACCCUGAUAAAUUUCGCGCUUGACUUUAUAGCUCCAGAAAAGAGCACAAAGGUCUCAUGAAAGGUGAAGACCUUACAGUUUUAGAAGGAACCACUCAGUUAACUCACAAGCGUUAUUACUAGUGGCUACCCUCACAAUCUCAUAGAAAAAAGUACCUCGGAGGUUAAAUUUGCUGAACGGAAGUCGGCUUUACUACAAAACAAUAACGUGUGAAAAAAAAGUUCUACCUUUUCUUCAGUCUUACAGGGUACUAUUCAUACUAUUUUUGACCAGUGUUCGGCCUUACACUUACGUCUCCUCACACCGUUUUUUUUAGAUAUCGAUGAAUGUCAGCCAUUUGGAUUAUCCUCUGAGUACCAACACUUGUCUCACAUUUGUCAUGAUGAUGCUAACUGCUCAAACACUAAAGGAUCCUAUUACUGCAUAUGUCUAGAGGGGUACUCAGGAAAUGGACAGGAUUGUGACGGUAACGCUUUUUCACGUACCUCUUAAAAGAAAGCUCCUUUAUAACUUAAGUUAGUAAAGCCCCUCAUAAGUGGAUUUGUUAGUUAGAAGAACCCUUUAGUUGAGAAGAAGUUAGUGGUUUCUAAUACUAGCCUCUGGAUAGGAUAUAAAACUUACGAAGCGUUAGAAAAAUAGCAACUCCAAAUAGUUUACUUCUUCUUAAUUCUUCUCUUCUUUGGGUUCUGUGGUCUUUCCUUUUCCCUGGACCUCAUAUAACGGCUUGGAAACUAAAAUUUGAUAGCAUUUUGUUUUGAAUAAGGGUAUGGGCAUGAUUUUCAGUUGAACAUGCCUACCGAGCGUAAAAAUCGCAUCCAGUCUGAGGAUUAAUGAGAGAGGGAAAAUUUUAUAUAUUUAGGCAUGACAAAAUUCAAGGGAACAUUGGUACUUAGAAAUAACAUCUCAUAGGCAUGGAAAAAAUGGGUUCAUGCCCUCGCAGCCCAAAAUUGACCCAGCUAAACUUAGGUCCCAGAUCUCUCGCCGGGUUAAUAAUUCAUUCCCAGUUUUAGCUCCUCUGGUUUGGCAUGCCGGGCAUGCCGAUGGUGAAGCCAGUUGGUUUGGCAUGCCCGGCAUGCCAGGCAAGAAAUUGGCAUGCCCAGCGAGACUGAUUUUGAUGUUCGCUUCAGCAUCAUAUCCUGAGAAUCACAUAUAAUCGCCAAAUAUAUCUUAGGGAGCUUGAAGUUACAGGUUUCAUGCCUGGCAAUAAAUGCAGAUUAUAACAAAAAAAGUCAUGUUUGUCACAAUGUGUGUCACGGGAUCGACUGGCAAAACUGAAGACAGAAGCCUGGAUUUAUAAAUAAAAAGCACAACAAAACAACAUUAUUCAUACAUAAAAUAGAAUACUUAACUUGCAAUCAAAGAUUAAUCCUUUUAUUUCAAACCGAUACUGACAUUUCUGGGUCCACAUUUAAAUUUGAUCGCGGAAAAGCGUCUUAAACAAUAAGAUAACAAAUCUUCUCAGUAUAAACUUAUCCAUGCUUAAGUUUUAUCGUGUCGGAAUGUUUCCCGGUCAACAGCAUUAAAAGACUGGUGAAAAUGAAGCUUACCAGGUCGUUCAAGUCAGUACGAGAGUACGACGUUAAUACUGCAAAGACGUUCUGAUUUGGUGAAUUUGGACUGCCUUCUCAGAGAGAUUUUGCUUAGUUUUUCAGUGCGCUCCUUGUCGGCUAUGCGAAUCUCGCAAACUGUUUUACUCCUUGCUGACGAUAGUCCUUUGAGCAACGUCAUCUGCGUCAUCCGAAGAUACCCCGAGCACGCACGAAAUCGGCCGAAUUUCCGCAGAAGUGUUUUCGCGGAUGACGAGGAAUCUAGUUUGUUGUAGCGUGGCAGUUGUGGCGUCACGAUGUCGUCAUGUCUCUUCGCACUUGUUUGUCUUUUUUUUCUGCGGUGCAUGGUUGAGAUGUUGGUGAAUGCUGGACAAGAAAUGGAUUCUGCGAGAGACUGUAAGUACAAAUUUAGUAUUAAUUUGGUAAAGAAAAAGCCUGAAUAUCGAACAAAUCCCGUGAAUUAUCCUUUUGGCAUUCAGUUUAUCUUGCUGUUGAGCAUGCCUAAGAACUCCGGCAUAAGUGGUUGUCAACUUGUUCACUUCGGAUUGUUUCUGUUUGUAUGUCUUGUAAUCUUCUUCUGCUGCUAAGAAGACUAGAGAAAACUUCAAAAAUAAGAAACCAAAGCUAAAAAAAGUCAGUUCUAAUUUUAUAGCUCGAGUAUAAUUAUUUUUGGCACCUACGGUCAUAUUUUUCCACUGUACUGGUAAAGUUACUUAUUUUUGCUGCAUAGUUUGACUGUUGUUUGAAAGACAAUCAAACGGAUAUUACAAUCACUUUUGGAGACAAAAUAAAAUAUCCGUAAAUCAAAUGCCAAAAUCAGAUUUGGAUUUCGCUUUAAAAAAAUGAACAUGCUGCGCGUGUCAAUGCAAAGUUGUAAACAACUCAAUAUAAGCAGUCUGUGAAUGUGCGUUUAGGUCCACAAAACUAAUUUUUCUUUUGGACAUCUCAUCCAAGCAAAGACUUAAGGCUUACAUUGCUUGUCUACGAGUGUACUACAAAAUGCUUUGCUACAGUAAGCCUCUGAGAGGCGAUUCUGGUAAAUUUAUAGGACGCUAAAAUGCAAAUAAUUCUAAGCUUAAACAACCUGGCUGGGUCCGACUUUUGAAUUACAAAAUGUUCAGGUUUGCCGGCUCUACUUUAAAUGAACAUGGUUUUUGAAAUGAUUUUGUAAUAUUUUAACCCGAAAAUUAUGAUUGGGUUAUAAAGCUUUUAAAACGGACGAAAACUAAGCUAAUAAACAUGUUCAAUGUAAAAAACUAAGAUUUAGUCGCUUUUUCAACUUUGCUUUGUGGGCCGAAAAAUUUACCUUUACGCAAAAACAAAAGCAAAUAAUGAGGCUUUUAUUGGACAUAUUUUCUGAGAAUUUUAUCUGAUCAAUUUAAUGUCACUAGCAUUGUUUUCGUAUAGGAAUUUUCCUAAUUAAAUGAGCUUUUAAUUUAAUAAUUUUGAUACUCUAUAAACUUCUCAUUUGAUAGCCUCACUUUUUUAUACACCGAUUGAGAAACAAAUUCGCUCUCGUUAAAUCCUAUUUUAUGACCUAUUUAUUAGAACUCUAGGUAACAUACGAAAUGAUGUAACCGGACAGGCUUUAACCUUUGGUCCUAAUUUAUUUUUUCUUCGCAACCCCUAAUCAGUUGACGGGCCGUGAAAGAAUAUCGCCACAAAAAGAUGCGAAAAAGUUUUCGCUGAGUUUCCUUUACAUAUUCCGGCUUUAUAUGGGUCUACACCCCAAUUGCCUGCUUAAAAAUGAAACUGUUGUUCAAUUAAGUGUCAGUCAAACUCGGUAUAAUCUUGACUUGCAAAUCCAAAUGCAAAGGUUUAUUUCGCAGUAGAAAAGCGUGUAAACAUCAUCGAACAGCGCAAUGUAAAUUGGCUAAUGUGAAACCACGUUUCUUUCACUUUAUUUACCAUGUAUUUAUCUCAAUUGCACACUCUUGUGAAAUUAGCCUCAGACAAUUAGUUGCGACCUUUAACAGACUCAACAAGCCAGUAUGAAAAUAUGUUAAGAGAAGCUGAGCUCUACAUGUUCUAUUUCUUUUUUUCAUAUUGCCCUUGCAUGUGUUAAGAUUCCAUUUCUUUUUUGUUACAGGUAACUUCCAGACAUGACGAGGAGAUAAUUACUUUUCUAGAGAGCAAUCCUUUGAUACCGUCAGUUAUUACUGACUUACUUUGAGUUAAAAACGAAGAACACAGACACUGGUAAUGACAAAAAAACAUUAAUCCCUGGCAAGCCUACAAAACAAGAAAGAGGAACUCAGACUCCUUAUCAAAAUGUGAAACAAGAUAAAAAGAGCUUUUCUAACGUAGGGAAAAUUGCGUUCGAGAGAUUUGUAAUUGCAACGUUAUAUUCAAGCACAUUGCAUUGUCAAACAUCAUAAUUUACUGAAUAAUGAACAGUGAUUUUGGGGCUUAGCUCAGUUUGUAAUGAACUUUGAAAGAUAUUCUAUAACCUUGUAUUUUUAAAAGCUUUCAUGGAACAUAGAUGCAUUUUAUUAUACAAUGAAAAUAGUCUCUGUCUCUCUUUUUACUGAUUUCAGUCAAUUCCAUUUUAUUCGCAAUGUGAAAUGGGAAUCCUAUUAAAGACUCAUUAAAAGGGGUGAGGAGUUUUUACAAUCCCCCAACAGGUCAUCUCCACGAUGACGCUGUUUUAUUACUUCGGCAGAAUCCCUCAGGGUUUUACUUUCUUGUGAAAAUUAGAGCUUUUGUUAUUUAAACUUCGCUGGGACAACCAAAUCUAUGAAAAUGAAAGGAAUAGCAAUGACGUCAUCGUGUAACCGUACAUCAAAAGAUAAGCACUGUGAUCUGUUUUUUUUUUUUUUUUUUUAGCCAGGCUUAAAAUAUCUGUAGAUUCAAGGAAUUAUAACCUGUGCGUUGAAACAUGCCAGAGACCGAUUUUGGCAUGCCCGGCAUGACCCAGAUUAUGGCACGCCCGGCAUUCCAGAGAAUUUAGCAUGCCGGGCAUGUCAGAAAAUUUGGCAUGCCCGGCAUGCCGGGGAUUUUGCUGGGUAUGAAUUACUUAUUACUAGAACCUAGGCUUCUCGCGGCCUGGGUGAGAAGGUCACAGAACCUCAAAUUAUGCUUACAGGGCAUGCGAAAUUCUGUUGCAUGCCAAUUUCAAUGCAAAACCACUCUGGGGCCACCCCCUCUAUUACCAGUGAGCAAAUCAUUGACGAUAGGCAUGGGAAAAAUCCUUGCAUGCUAACCAACAUUGAAAACGUAGCAGAAAUGUCCUCAAUUGCUGAGUCAUGCCCUAGGGGAGGCUUUAAAAUACAGAAUUUCCUGACAUGGAUGAGGGAAUUUUCCGUAAACAGCAUGUGAUCAUGCCGGCUAGGACGUAUUGCCUCCGUAUUGCCCCUUUUUACAGCUAGCUAGGCUCAUUUUUAGGUUCCAUGGCCUGAAAUGACGAAAAAUUCAUGCCCUAAAUGUAAAAAGUCCAAAACCGUCCUCGAAAUUUUAGUUUCCAAGCCGUUAUAUGUAAUAGAGAUGGCCGCUUCAAAUUGCUGGCAUCAGUACGGCUAAUAAUGAUAAUAAUAAUAAUAAUAAUAAUAAUAAUAAUAAUAAUAAUAAUAAUAAUAAUAAUAAUAAUACUUAUAUAGCGCCGAUAUCAAUAUCGCUAGUUUCAUCAGCCCUUAAAAAUAAAAAUAUUUAAAAAAAAAAACAAAAACAAAAAACACAAAAAAUACUAAGACUGUAUAAAGUAUACAUGCAAAAAGUGCAUGAACCUCCAAAAAAGAAUAAAACAAUUAUGUCAACAAUAAAACUAGAAAAAUUACCUAGACUACUUAAAUCGUACAAAACUGCAUAAAACCUAUUAAAAACGAGAUUAAAAAGCACAUAAAAUCACAAAAAAGCUUUCUGAAAUAAAAAUGUCUUGAGUGUCUUUUUAAAAGAUGCCACUGAGGGCUGCUCCUAAUUGAAUAGGGCAAUGAUUUCCAUAGUUGAGGAGCAGCAGCAGCAAAAGAUCGAUCUCCUAACGUUGUUAAAGUCUUGAAUUUCACAGGGUUUAGUAGCAGUCCAUCACAAUCGGAGCGUAACUUGUUUUUACAUGCUUCUUUAAGACUAAUACUCAAAUUUACAAUUUGAGGAUGUUGUUUUAGUAGACAGAAAGGAACGUGAUAUAUAUUUACAGAUAUUACAAAAAAUCUUUCUUUUUUUAAGAUAUUGAUGAAUGCGUAUCUGAAACACACAAUUGUCACGCGGAUGCCAACUGCACUAAUACCAAAGGAUCAUUUUACUGCACAUGUCAUACAGGAUACUCUGGGGACGGUGUCACUUGCGCUGGUUAGUUUUUCUGAAGAGCUAACGCAAUAAUCCUUCAUAUAUGUACAUAUUACUACUUUUUAUAGCUUUAAUUACGCUGAAAUGUUUUUUCUCUUUCCAGAUAUUUCUGAGUGUGAUGAAAAGGCCUUAGCGCCUCAUCACAGCAAUUACUCGCACAACUGUGACACGGACGCCAACUGUACAAAUACUAAGGGAUCAUUCUAUUGCACAUGCCAAACGGGAUAUUCUGGAGAUGGCGUUGUCUGUUCAGGUAAAGUGAAUUGUACUGACACGAAAGGGCAAGGUCGACGAUAUGUCAUCUAAAAGAAUGAAAACAGACAAUUAGGUGUUAUUGAGGGCGACAACAGGAGCCCGCAAUCCUAAUCUCCAGGUUGUUGCAUUCGUUCGGACUUCGACGAAGAAUGAAUGGAAUGUACAGAAAGCAAUUCGAACACGCGCGUUUAGACUUUCUAUCCCUCGUUAACUGAUCACGCGUGUUUUAACUAUCUGUCACGUGAAACUUAUGCAAAGCACAACGAUGGAGCAGAAGCGUUUUGACCUUCGAUCGUUGUCGCCAGCACUCCGUAACCUUUGGUUAUUGAUAGUUAUUUAGCUUGGCAUGUAGACUUUUAUGACUUAGGCCCAGGCCGAACGUCGAACUUUUCAUGAUACGAACCAAACUCUAACUUAGGUCGACCCAAAUCAAGUUAAGAUCGUCUGUUGGGUAAGACGUCGAACUAAGGAGUCUUAGGACGCGUCGAACGAAUCAACUGAAUCAGACCAAAGAGCAAUUUUAAUAAAUUUUAUCAGAAAAGGGGCUAAAUAUACAUAUCAUUCAGAUCUUAUUUAUUAGUUUAGUUUGUCGCUUUUGAAAAUCGACCUCGUCCCGGAGACGAUCUUCAGACGUUCUACCCGUCUGAAGUAGACGGAUAGAACUUGUUGGACAAUCCAACUCAUUCAGACGAACUUAACUGAGCCAAACGUCGAUCUCUUUAUGGACUUAACUCACUAAGUUUGAUUCAUCCCAUGAGAAGUUCGACGUUUGGUCUAAGCCUAAGUUUAGGUUGUCUCAUGAAACGUUCUUCCAAAUCCUGAAAACUCUAAUACUAGUGUCAACAGUGGUUUUUUCAUCAAUUACCUCUGGGGAAAAUAUAUCGCCUCUGCAAAUUUAAGAAGAAACAAAACUUGUCAGAUAAAAUUUGCCUUGUUAAUUUAUAUUUGUUUAUUUUUUCUCGGUUUAUUUGCCAGGAAAACCCGCUGAGGUUAUCGAAAUUAGGUUUAUGAACAGUGUAGUAACAGUCAAUUAACUUUCAAUUUUUCUCUGGACAUUUCAUUUCAAAUCGUGGCAGUCAUUCAGUAACAGAAGCUUUUUGUCGCCCUGUUUCUGAUUGCAUGGAUGUUAGCUUUUAAUUGAAUAUCCAAUGAAAUAUAAAUAUAAUUUUAUGUUUAUGAUGUCCUUUAGAUAUCAACGAAUGUGUCCCUGAUCUGAUAUCAGAUGAGUAUAGUCUUCUUGAACAUAACUGUCACGCUGAUUCGAAUUGCUCAAACACCAAAGGUUCUUUUUACUGCACGUGCCUUCCUGGUUAUUCAGGCAACGGUGUGGCCUGUGCAGGUAGGUGACACUGAUAGGGAAACCUGCAAUUGCGCCAGUUUGGAAUCUUAAUUUGAUACUAUAAAAGCAUCUUUAAAUGAACAUUUGAUAUCUGUUAACUCUUGUGGAUAAAAACUCCUGAUCCAUAUAUCAUAUAAUUUUGGGGUUUUUUUCGUCUUCCUACUUGUCUGUCUAACUAGUGAUUUCACAUGCUAACUGAUAUGACUAAAUGCAGUACAAGUUGCAUGAGAUGUUUUCUUUUUUUCACGUUUCGACUGGCCUGCAGUGCAGGCGUUUUCUUCGGGUGCGCGAAUGUUUUUUGUUGCUAUCAGUCUUUUCUUCCCGGCGAUGCAGGCUAAGUUACGACUUGUAACUCCCUCUUUCGAUGCACGCAUAAUAAUAUUUUUUUCAUUUUAGACAUUGAAGAAUGUGCAACAGGUACUGACAACUGCAACCUAAACGCCAACUGUACCAACACCAAAGGAUCAUUCUACUGCACUUGUCAUACGGGAUACUCUGGAGAUGGAGUCACGUGUGUUGGUACGUAGGGCAAUUCAGUUUUGUACAUUGACAUCAUGAGAUUCUAGGUGAUGAGAAAUUAAAAUUGUAAUGAAUUUGGUUACGAUGAAUUUACUACUUUAUGGUGUAGACUAGGUGCCUAUUGGAUUUUGUUGUUUAUUAUGCUGUAUUUAUAGACAUAGAGGAAUGUGCAACAGAUGUUGACAACUGCCACGCUGAUGCCAACUGUACCAACACCAAAGGAUCGUUCUACUGCACGUGUCAUACGGGAUACUCUGGAGAUGGAUUCACGUGUGUUGGUGAGUUUAAUUCAUGAGAUUACUGAUGUAACUAGCGGGCUGCCUUACUGGAACAUUUCCUAGGGUAGAGGUCCAUAAGUGAGUCGCGAGAUUCUGAGAAUUGAUAAUGCUAUGUCACUUAGAAUAUGUUUGAUUGAAUUGUUCUUCCCCGGUCAAAUAUAGGUCAUCAGGGCUGUGUCCUUCUUCAUAAAACGCUCAUUAGGGAGGUUCACGUCUUAGUCGAGUGAUAGACUUUAAUGAAAUGAACCAAAUAGUGUGAUACACGUGCAAAACUGUUGUUGUCGUUGUUGUUGUUGUUGUUUUUCACGCUGUAGUUGUUGUCCGUGGUCGUAAUUGGGGUGCAGGGGCCUAAAUCAGUUAGAGUCCCAGCCACUGGUGAUAUUUCAAUUCCAUGUUUGUUUUUCCGCAUUUGUUGCCCGUUUAGCCCCCUAUAAGUUGUGCAGAAGACACUUUUAGCUUCUUAAUAAUCAGUUGACAAAUCUGCCCAUUUUAAACGCAUGAAAGCUGGAAGCCAUUUAUUAUUAUAAGAUAAUUUUUCCUUCAGAUGUCGACGAGUGUUUGCCCAAACAGCUGUCUACUAAACAUAAGCAUCUUGCGCACAACUGUCACACUGACGCUAGUUGCUCAAACACUAAUGGGUCUUAUUAUUGCACCUGUCAUACCGGAUACUCUGGCAAAGGAGUCACGUGUGUUGGUAGGUAUUUGGCGCUCUUUUACAUCUUCUCAUUACGAAUUAUCCGUUUAAUGAAUAGUGUAAUAUAAAAAGCUCAAUAAAUUAAAGAAAUUGCAUGAGUGUGUUGUAUGGUAAACUUAAGAGUUGAAAGGACCCUUUCCAUGAUUUGUGUUUUUCAAAAAAAGAUACCACCAGUUGGCGAAAUUCUACUACGCUGCUGCUGAAAUAGCGCCUUAAAAUUAACAACCUUUCAAAGUUUGAGUUUAAUCUGCCUGAAAAGAGCGACCAGGCAGUGUGAGAGCCUGGUAUGAUGAAAGGCUUGUUUAAAAUCCUUUUGUCAAAUAACCAAAAGUGUGAAGACGUCUUCCAGCUAGCUGGGGAAAUUGAACAAAGUUUUAUUGAUGUUAUUAUUUUCCUUUGUUUGUUUGUUUUUUACAGAUAUUGACGAAUGCGCCCCCUCUGGUUUAUCGAUGGCGCACCAGCACCUGGCAAACAUUUGUCAUAAGGACGCGAACUGCACCAACACCAAAGGAUCUUACAACUGCGGCUGUCAGGAGGGGUAUGCGGGAAAUGGAAACAAUUGUGAAGGUAGGUUAUGAUUUUAUUUUCUUUUUUGGGGGGAGGGCGGGGGAUGUUCAUAACGCAUGACCCAAAAAUUUACAAGGAUAGUAACAUGACAUCAACAACAAGCUUUUAUUUCAAAUACUUGUUGCACUGACCUAAUUUUCUUCCUUGCGUUUUACCAAGAUGUCGAUGAGUGCUCUUCAGGAACACACAACUGUCAUGCCGACGCCAACUGCACCAACACCAAAGGAUCGUUCUACUGCACGUGUCAUACGGGAUACUCCGGAAAUGGAAUAACGUGUGUUGGUAAGUCUUCAGACUACCGUUUAUUAAGUAAAAACAGUCUCGUAAUACCACAAAACGUAAGUAGUAGAUACUCAAAUACCGUAAAAAAACCCGCGAGUGAGAAUCUGAAUUUUCCUAAUUUAGCCUAAACAGGUUUCUAGAUAAAUGGUAAUGAGCGCAAAUUUAGGCUAUUUAGGUUUUUAACUACAAUGAUGGACGAAAGUCUUGGGACACCUUUGCAUUUCUGGGGCGUUUUUCAAUUCACACAGGUCCAACCCCUCCCCUCACCCCACAAACAAUGUUGGACGCGUUUUUCCAGAAUUUUUUCCGAGUUUCAACUUUGUAUAGAGUGGGGGGAGGGAGAACUGCAAGAAAAAUUCGAAAAGGAUGCACUGUUUUAAGAGGGAACCUAGAAAAGACAGAAAAAUAUGAAUAUUGCAGUACUGUUCCAAGGACUUUUGUCCGGGAUUGUAGUUUCUUAUUUUCUGAAGGAAAAAUACAUUGUAGCUAAGAGUAGUUUAAAAAAUUAGUAUUUAUGUUACAGGUCAAAACUAAAUUCAGGUUAUUUUUUUUAAACUAGGUUAAUUCUCAAUUUCUAUUGUCUCCUAGCCCUAAUUCAUGUAUAGUUAGGGCUAAAGACCCGUAGGAGACCAAGGAAAUUGAUAGUCAACUUAAGUUAACACAUUUUGAGUUGAAUUUAAUUUUGACUUGUAACAUUUAUGUAAAAAUGACUUUAAGAACAACAACUGAAGCACUGACCACAUGAAUUUUGAAGUCCUCGUUUAGAACAUAACAUACAUGUAUUGUAAGGCCUUAUUAUUUUCCCAAGUGUACAGAAAUCUUUUACAGAUUUUAUAAAAUGGGAACCUUUUUCAAAUUUUAGGCUGAACAGGUUCUUGUACAGAGGAGCCUAACUAGUAAACUUAAGCACAGUUUUAUAAAAACCCAGUUUCUUACUCGCCGGUUUUUACUGUAUUGUAUCGAACCAAGUACCGAGUAGUUUUAGCUUUUUUUCUUGAUAAAAGAAGCUAAAUGAACACGACCCUUGUAAAUACAAUUGCAGAUAUAGGCGAGUGUGAUUCGGAAACCCUAGCCCCUGAUCACAGCAGUUAUGCCCACAAUUGCCAUAACGAUGCCAACUGUACCAACACCAAAGGAUCAUUUUACUGCACUUGUCAUACGGGAUACUCUGGAGAUGGAGUUAUCUGUAAAGGUAAAGCCCAAAGUAGAAAAACUGAGACACAAGGCAAGGUUAUUUCAGUGAAAUAGUACCUCUUGGAUCCUUCCACCUUGUCAAUGCUCGCUUUCUUGUAUUAACGCCUGUUUAACUUAUCCUUACUCAUCUCUUUUCUUUUGUAACCAAAAAAAAAGUUAGUCUGAUUCUCGUAAUUGUAGGUAGUGUUCUUUGCCCUCCGCAAAAAAAACUUAUUUUGUAAGUUCCAUAAUGUCUUUAUUGUGUUGAAGGUUUUUACAAACUGCAAAAACAGUAAUAUAAAUAGAGCUAUUUCCUUUUUCCUUGAGAUGUGGAUGAGUGUUUCCCUGAUCGAAUACCAGAAGGAUACAAUUAUCUUGCUCACAACUGCCACACUGAUGCCAACUGUACCAACACCAAAGGAUCAUUCUAUUGUACGUGUCUUAGUGGCUAUUCCGGUGAUGGAGUCACGUGUUUGGGUGAGUUGAACACUAUGCAUUGGUGUGGCUGAGUUAUGGUCAUUCUUCUUGCCAUUCACAUCAUUUCAUUCCUUUAAUCUUAAUAAAAAAUGUAGACGGUAAUAAAUUUAUUUCUAACUCCUAACUCCUGAUCCAUUGUUACUAAAGUAAUAUUAGCUAAAAUGAAUACGCGCUAAUAAUUCAGGUAACAUGAAGGUGUUCACGAUGAAGUAUUGACUAGAACUAAUCUGUAACUUUCACUUUUGCCGUGUAAAUAAGUUUAAUAUCAUCUUAAACAUCAUUUUUUUCUUUUUUUAAAUAUUCUGUUUUCGAAUUUACACAAAAUGAUAAGAGAUAGUUCAAUGAAAUAACCAUACCAUGUUUCCAGACAUAGAGGAAUGUGCCACACAUUCUGACAACUGUCACGCCGAUGCCAAUUGUACUAACACCAAAGGAUCAUUCUACUGCAAAUGUCUCUAUGGUUACUACGGGAAUGGAGUAACGUGUAAUGGUAUGUUUAUACUUAAUGUCAUUAGUAUGUGUAAUCAAGUGGUUAAGAGUGACAUUAUUAACACCGCAAGUAAAAUUAAUCGGCCCGUCCCUAAUUUUACAAGUAUUCCAUUUUGAUUACCUAUCAAUUUAAUGGGUGACAAAUUACACUCACGAUCGCGGGAUAAUUAUUUCCUUAAUACUUAUCCAGUGAAAAAAAGGAGCCAAAACCUUUUAAACCAAGCAUGCGUAUAUUUUCUAGAUGUAAACGAGUGCAUAAUGUCAGAUGAUGAUCAUCAUCUUGCUCACAACUGUCAUGCCGAUGCCAACUGCACUAAUACCAAAGGAUCCUUCUACUGCAACUGUCACACGGGAUAUUCGGGUGAUGGAGUCACGUGUUCCGGUAACUACGGUUUUCUAAUUGUUUACGUAAUUUUAUUUAUUUUUCAUGUUUUAUGAUGUACCUACUUUAUUGUUAAGCGCUGUGAACUAGAAGUGUCCUUAAUUAUUUAUCCCUCCCUUUAUCAUUUUAAAUUAUCUCUAUUUAUUAAUUACUUUUAUUACCCUUAGUAUAUAUUGUCGUAAUCCAGCCUCGCAAUAUUAAUCGUGAGACCUUUGCCGCUCUGAUUUAAAGGAAUAACCCCCUUGAUACUUUCUCUCUAGAUGUGAAUGAGUGUAUUCCUGAUCAAAUACCUGCACAGUACCGCCAUCUUGCCCACAACUGCCACGGCGACGCCAACUGUACCAACACAAACGGGUCAUUCCAAUGCACAUGUCUUACUGGUUAUUCAGGAGAUGGUGUCACGUGUAUUGGUAAGUUUUAGAAAGCCUAAUGGCGUUAAAUUUAUUCUUAUAAAAUAGAGACGAUUCCUAUACACGUAACUUUAAACAAUGAUCUUAUGACGAGGUUCUUAAUGGGGUUAACCGUCGUCCGUCAAAAAAGGUUAUAUUUUACCAUCAACCGUCAUAAGUGCAGAUUAAUUUUAACCGUAAAAAGUCUUAAGGUAUCUCAAAUUUCGCUAUUUCGGCUGAUCUUCACCGACUUCGGGAUCCUGAAGAAUCUGUAAAGUGGAAAACUCAAUUCCCAUGUUGUCAAGUCAAUUGAUUUAAUACCUUUUUGAUUUAGUACUUGAGAGUGGCUGUUCUAACGAUUUUCGUAAGUGUAAGUGUCGUUUAUCCAAAGAAAUUGCGGCUUUCAGGCGCGGAUCUAGGAUAAAUACUGACCGUUUUCCAAAACGAGCGUCGAGGGCGUAAGCUUCUAAAGGGGUCCGAGGCAUGCACCCCGGUGAAUUUUUUUUUUUUUUUUUUUUUAGGCAUGCACCCCGGUGAAUUUUUUUUUUUUUUUUUCACUCCCUAAAGUCACCUGAGUCAGUCAGUCAGGAUAUUGGCCAGAUUUUAACUUGGAAAGUUUUUUUUUCAUGAAAAAUUUAUUUAUCUAUGAAAACUCUGACCGAUUUUCGUAAAACGGUGGAAGCCGGUGUGGAUCCGCGCCUGGCUUUUAUGAUUCCGAGUUGAAUUUCGGUUAGAUCUUUGUUUUUUAUUUCUGAUUGAUUUCUACUUGGCUUUCGAGUUUGAAUUUGGGACUUGAUUUUGAAGGAACUUUGACUAGACAGGUUUCUACGAUGCAGACAUUUGAUUGGUUAAUUACUAUUGUAGUUUUGAAAUUAUAUUUUACCUGAGAGCUUGAGCUUACGCUUCCCUUUUAUCUCCUACCUUCCCGCAUGCACCCAUAACGCGAUAUACACACGCUAAGCACGAACCAGACACGGAAGUCAUGGACUCAUAUGCCAGUAUGACAUUCGUUUGAUUCCCUUCUCAGAUGUUAACGAAUGCGAUCUUUCCGGGCUAUCAUCUGGGUACCAACACUUGGCUCACGAUUGUCAUGAUGAUGCUAACUGUACCAACACUAAGGGAUCUUACUACUGCACAUGCUUGGAGGGCUACUCUGGUGAAGGCACUUACUGCCAAGGUAGUUAAUAUACCUUUCCUUUAACCUUACUUACAUCAAAAGAUCAUGAUGUUUUCUUCUCGUUGUGUCUGGAUUUAACAUUUCUUCCAUUUCCUAUAACAUUUUGUAAAAAAGAAAGCAAAAACUGGAAGAACGAAGAUUUCUGCACAGCCCAAACAAUUAAUAUGAUGCCUGUGGAAAUAUUAUACGUCAAAUAGCUGGUAUGAAUAGAGUCAAAUUUUAAUUGAAGAGAAGAUCGUCAUAGUGCAAGACGCAACUUAUGCAUUUGAGUAAGAAAGCUUUAUAAAUUCCAGCUUGCCGGGAUUCGAACCCUGACCUUUGCGAUACCGGUGCAUCGCGCGAACCAACUGAGCUAGCAAACAAACUGGGAGCUGAUAAUCUAAGUGACUUUUUGUAACACACCCGGGCAAUUGAUGGGGAUGAAAUGAUGACUGAAUAUAUGUAUUUCAUACAGUGAAUCGCGAAAUGAAGAAGUAAAUGCAGGGAAAAUAAUCACAGUGAAAGACGCAACUUAUGCAGUUGAGUAAAGAAAGAGUAAAGAAAGAGCUCAACUAUGUAGGUUUAUAAAACACGUGGUUGUGCGGAUAUCUAUUAGCAAAAUAGCAUAUUUGUUACGUCAUGUCACUUACCCCUUUUACACCUGAGAGGGCCAAAUUCUACCGAUAAGUCUAGAAAAGUCAAUCUUGAUAGAUGUAUGGCGGAGAAAAAUAUUAUUAUAAGUAGAUGCAGUAUGAUCGUUCAGGUGAGUGUGAUCCUGAAGAAUAAAAGUGAGCUGCUUUUGGCUCUGAAGACUACUAAUGUUAUUGUUGAUGUUAAUGUUAAUGUUCAUGUUCAUGUUCAUGUUCAUGUUCAUGUUCAUGUUCAUGUUCAUGUUCAUGUUCAUGUUCAUGUUCAUGUUCAUGUUCAUGUUCAUGUUCAUGUUCAUGUUCAUGUUCAUGUUAAUAUUGAUAUUAAUGUUAAUAUUAAUGUUAAUGUUAUUGUUAAUGUUGCAUGUCGAUGUCGAUGUUGAUGUUGAUGUUGAUAUUGAUGUUGAUGUUGAUGUUAAUGUUAAUGUGAUUAAGAGUCCUCACAGACAAUAACAUCGACGCUUUACUGAAAGAUGAUCAGUAACACAAGAGUUAAUUGACCAGCUAUAACCAGGGUUCCAUCAACUGACGAGAUACAACACACUUUGACUUUACUAGUAUGACGACUGCAUUUAAGAAUUUGUUCAUGCUUAGCGUGCGUAUAUCGAGUUAUGGAUGCACGGGGGAAGUUUGGAGAGCACGAAAGAUGCGUAAGAGUUGCACGAGGCGAUAGCCGAGUGCAACUCUAGCUUCUUGAGUGCUCUCCAAACUUCCCAAGUGCAUCCAUAACUCGAUAUACGCACAGCUAAAAGCAUGAGCAAAUUCUUUUAUAACAUAGCUGACAAAAAUGCUUGCUUUUUGAUUAACUACAAAAUUCUCGUAACGCGCUACACAAUAACAAACGCUUCUAUUGGCUGAUUACGAACACUCCACAAUCAUCUAGUUUAAAUGAAAAUAUUCUUUCUGUAGCUUUUCUGUAAAACUGAGAAAGAAAAUUUGCUUCUUUAUUCGUUAACGAUCAAUGGAAACUAAGCAGAAACAAGGGUAAAAGAGUCUUAAAGUUCACCUAAAGUUAAAAUACUAACAUGUUCGUAAGAAGUCGUGGACUAUGGUUUGGAUUUGCUGAAAAGAUGUUUACGUUUUGCUCGGCGAAAUCCAGAAAACAUGUUUUUAGCGAAGACGACUGUCAUCCUUCUUUAAACUCAUAUUCAUUUACAAACAUUGGCUGGUCAUUACGGCUUCUUGAGAAGACCUGGCAGCAGUUGUUUUUGUGAGUAAUAAAUUUAUGUCUUCUUGUGUAAUUUGUGUUGUUAUUGCCAGAGAAAUCUUCCUGCUUCAGUCGGAUUGUCCGCAGAUAACAAAAGUGUAUAACAAAUUUAAAAACAACAAUAAAAACGGAAAUUUAACCUCUUAAUGUUGUUGAUGACCAGUUGGUGUCUGUUCUGUUCCCAGUGAAUGUCUUUCGGCCAAAAUUUGCUGCAGCUGGUCUUCCAACAAAUUUGCGAAACGCGCAACAUGCGAGUUUUUUUAAUUCGGCUCAAUUUUUGCUGCUUGUUGGAUCAGGACCUAAAAGGUCAAUGCCGAUAGAAAAAUCGGGCAGUUCUUCGCUGGUUUCUUCCAUAUUUUAAAGAGAAGGAAAACUGCACUGCAGCUUAACAGACGACAACUCUGCAGCCAGGUAAAACAAAAUGCUUACGUCAUCUUAUUUACGCACGGGCGUGCGUAAAUAAAGAUUUUGUUCAUAGUGGCUCAAUAGGACUUAUAUAGGGCAAGCACGCGCGCUAUGUUAUAAAGGUUGCUUAAACGUCAGUCACUGCAAACAUCAGUCCUAUUCGUGACUACAAUCAGCGGGCGGAUCAUAUUCCACCUACUCUUGACUUCACUCUUGCGUACAAGCCAUUCACUUUAGCAGAAAUCAACUUAAGAUUACUUUUUUGUGCCCUGUCCACCAUUUUAGAUAUUGACGAGUGUUCUGCUGGAACACACAACUGCCAUCCAGACGCUAGCUGCACCAACACAGACGGAUCGUUCUACUGCACCUGUCUUACAGGGUAUUCCGGAAAUGGAGUCACAUGUGUCGGUAAGAACAAGAAUUACAACUCUGCACGUCCAAGAAAACAAAUGACAGUCGCUGCGAUUUUCUGGUGCAAAACAAGACAGUUGUUUUCUUUAUGCAAAUCCAGUUGCUUUCAAAUUAAAAUUCCAGAUCGAAAACUUUUGGGCAAAUUUUCGUCGCUUAUGGGUGAUUCUUAAUGUGUCUUUUUCUUAACCUUUUUUUCGUUGUUCUCUCAUUUUUCCGUUCUAGACAUCAAUGAGUGCCGUGCAGACGGUUUAGCAAUCGAACACCACCAUAACUAUUCCCACAACUGCCACGUUGAUGCCAACUGUACUAACACCAAAGGAUCUUACUACUGCGCAUGUCAUAAGGGAUACUCUGGAGAUGGAGUCACGUGUCUAGGUACGAUCAGGUCACUACUUCACCAUUCUUUUCUUGGUGGUACACUAUUAAGUACGACUUUCCAAUUGUUUGUAGAUAUAGACGAGUGUUUCCCUGAUCAGAUAUCUGAUGAAUACCAUCAUCUUGCUCACAACUGUCACGCUGAUGCCAACUGUACCAACACUAAAGGGUCAUUCUCUUGCACGUGUCUCAAUGGGUAUUCCGGUAAUGGAGUAAGCUGUGUUGGUGAGUGGAUAAUCAUUAGAGAAUUUUAGAGGUGAAAUAUCCACGCAGCUACCUAACACAUCUCAUGCAACUAACUCCUGAUCCAAUCUAAUAUGAAUCUAAUCAUGCAUGCGCAUCUUAUGCUUACUUCCAAAUGUACUAACUUGGAUGAAAUACUACUUGUGUCUCAAAAUUAAUAAUCUAAUAUUUAAUCUGUUCCUAAAUAAUAUUUUAGUGGAAAACUCAUGUUGUCCUUCAAUUCUUGUUAUUAUAGUAGAUGCGAUUUGAAAUUUUUAAGUUUGUGUUCCACUAAAUACCUUUAUUGCCCGAAAGAUAUCCAGGAAUGUGCCACAAAUACUGACAACUGUCAUGGUGACGCCAACUGCACUAACACUAAAGGAUCAUUUUACUGCACCUGUCACCAUGGUUACACAGGAGAUGGAGUUACCUGUAACGGUGAGUAAAUCCGUAGUAACAAAUCUAGAAGCUUUUUCCUCAAAUUUGUUAUUGACAAAUUCUUUUUUAAUAACUGUUUUUCCAGACGUGAACGAGUGCCUCCCAGAAGAGCUAUCUGACGAAUAUGACUAUCUUGCUCAUAAUUGUCAUACUGAUGCGAACUGCACCAAUACGAAAGGAUCAUUUUACUGUACUUGUCUUACUGGUUACUCUGGAGAUGGAGUUACAUGCGUUGGUAACAAAGCUACGUCUUGUUUUUUUUCACCCGGUAAGGUGAAUGACUUUCACCAGCAAAUCGUCACUUAGCCUAUCUCGUUAUCAUUUUUCUUUCAGACAUCAAUGAAUGUUUUCCUAAACAGAUAUCUGAUAAAUAUCGUCACCUCGCCCACAACUGUCACGCUGAUGCCAGCUGUUCAAACACUAAUGGAUCAUAUUAUUGCUCCUGUCGUAUGGGAUACUCUGGAGAUGGAGUCACGUGCGUCGGUAAUGAUAUCUUAAUUCUCUUUCACUUAAGUUAAAUCUUCGUAUUUAAAGUUAGCUUUGAUUUCAGUUAUCGUUUUGUUUUAAUUUACUCUGACACCUAGACAUCAACGAAUGCGACGCCUCUGGAUUAUCACCGCAGGAUCUGCACCUGGCGAACAUUUGUCAUAAGGACGCAAACUGCACCAACACCAAAGGAUCUUACAAAUGUGGCUGUCAGGAGGGCUUUUAUGGAAGCGGACAAGAAUGUCGGGGUACCCCUUUUCUAUGAUAAGUAUGGAAUUUCAGUUUUAGCCAUUACUUAAGAAUAUUACUUAACAUGGACAACAAUUAACUUUUAGACGUGGACGAGUGUUUUUCUGGAACGCACAACUGUGAUGCUGAUGCCAACUGUACUAAUACCAAAGGAUCGUUCUAUUGCACAUGUCAUACGGGAUACCGUGGAGAUGGAGUCACUUGUGAAGGUAGCAAUGAUUCACACAAUAUUGAAACCGUUUACGUUCAGUUAUUUUACUCUGAGAGUGCGUACUUUACUCCUACUUGUUUAGAUAUUAGCGAGUGUCACCUAGAAGGACUGGCCAGUAAUCACAGCCAUUACUCUCAUAACUGUCACACUGAUGCUAACUGCACCAACACCAAAGGAUCUUUCUACUGCACUUGUCAUACAGGGUACUCGGGAGAUGGAGUCAUUUGCACUGGUAAGAAAAGCCUCCAUAUUUUUGAAAAAGUAUGCAAUACACAUUACCUAAGGAAACUUAAGGGUUUCGAAGACAUCCUUGAAGAUGACAUGCUGAUGCAUCAUAUGUCAUAAUAUGGUUAUAUUCUCUAUUGAGGUAAAAUGAUUUAUAUUUCUACAAUUCAGAUAUAAAUGAAUGCUUUCCGGAUCUGUUGUCAUCAAAAUAUUCUAAUCUGAGUCACAACUGCCAUGACGAUGCUAACUGUUCCAAUACCAAGGGCUCAUACUACUGCACAUGUCUCACUGGGUAUUCAGGAAAUGGUUUGUCUUGUUUAGGUAUGUCAGUCUUUCAAAACCAGUAAAGGAAAAUUCCUUAUCCUUAACAAAUUCCUCUUCCGUUUAAAGCAAUUAGUUUGAAAUUUCUAACAAAUUAAUACUAAUAUGGUUCUCCUAACGGUUCCAGCCAUUCCUACGGUUUGCUUAUUAUUCUAGACACUGAAGAGUGUCAAACAGGUAUUGACAACUGUCACGUUGAUGCGAAUUGUACGAAUACCAAAGGGUCAUUCUUCUGCACCUGCCAUACAGGAUUCUCCGGGGAUGGCGUGCUUUGUUCAGGUAGGCUUACGUCGUUUAAUUAUGGAUUAAAACAUAUCAAAGCAAUUCCUCGGACGGUACUUUUUAAGAAGUGGAUGGAUCAUACUAACGAAGGGGUAAAUAACACAACUAUGGGAAACAGUACAUUAAUAGAAGGUACAGCUUACCGGAAGCUCACCAUUAGUAGGUGCUUGAUAAACACACGCAACAUGCCAACCCAUUGAGACAUCUGUUUAUUUGUUUCAGAUAUUAACGAGUGUGAUCUGGGAACUCACAGCUGCCAUGCUGAUUCCAAAUGUUCAAACACAAAUGGUUCUUUCUACUGUACCUGUUUGACUGGUUACUCAGGAGAUGGAGUUGGCUGUGUUGGUAAAUAUUAUAAUAUUCAUGUGUAAUAAGACAGUUGAAAAGCAAUUAACAGAAUGUCGACUUUUUUCAGAUAUUGAUGAAUGUUUUCCUGGUGACCUGUCUAAUGAAUACAUACACCUCGCUCAUAAUUGUCAUGACGACGCCAACUGUUCUAACACCAAAGGCUCUUUCUCCUGCGCCUGUCGUUUAGGAUACUCUGGAAACGGUGUCAUUUGUGAGGGUAAGAUAGGCUUAACGCAGGCAGUAACAAUUAUUUUUAGUACCUACAUGACGUUAACUUAUCCAACAACAGAUAGCUAGAGCACAUGCAGAAGAUAACUUCUGCAAAACAGAAGUGUGUUUCUACCUUUUACAAUGAUUUUCCACUUUACUGUACAACUUUUAUUUCCCGGCUCACUCAAGUCCUUUUCUCUCUUUUUCCUAGACAUAAACGAGUGUUUUCCAGGUGGAUUGCUUUCCGAGCACGAGCGCUUGGCACACAUUUGCCACAAUGACGCAAACUGUACAAAUACCAAAGGUUCCUACUACUGUGACUGUUUAGCAGGAUAUUCAGGAGAUGGAAUCACUUGCCAAGGUAGCUCCACGUUUUUUGCUCUUCUAGUGGUUUGUAUUGAUUGAAUUUGAUUUUUUCCCAUUUCUUAUUCAAAAAGAAAAAAUUUUGGCCAAAGGUGUUAUUUUGAGGAAUUGUCGCAAUGAAAAAGGGGCGCAUUCCAUAUCUAUUUUGUUUCCUUGCUUGUUAAUAUGAACCUUGGUACGGCAAUUUUCUUUCCAGAUAUAGAUGAAUGCUCCCCUGGUGAGAUUUCAAACGAUUAUAUUCAUCUUGCUCACAACUGUGACACUGAUGCAAACUGCACGAAUACUAAAGGCUCUUUCUUCUGCACGUGUAAAACUGGAUUCUCUGGUGAUGGAGUCACCUGCGUUGGUGCGUUUUUAAUAUAAAUUCAGACUUGUUUCGAUCUCCAUCUAUCCUGUCAACCUUAAUAAUGCUAUAAUUAAUCCUUCUUCAGAUAUCAACGAGUGCCGACCGAACGCUUUGGCCUCAAUACACAACCCCUACAGACAUAACUGUCACAAUGACGCUAAUUGCACAAACACCAACGGCUCUUUCUUCUGUACAUGUCAUAUGGGAUACUCUGGAGAUGGAGUUGUUUGUCAAGGUAUUGAUGCACAAUAACUUUAUUUGCAACCCUUAUAUCUUCCUUCUCUGACUUAAUGUCCAAAUCACUGAUCGGUAAUUUUUUUUCUUUUCGAUUAACUAGACGUGAACGAAUGUAACAUAAGUGAGAUUUCAGACGAAUACAAACAUCUUUCGCAUAACUGCCACUUAGACGCCGACUGCACCAACACUAAAGGAUCAUUUUACUGCAAGUGCCUGGAGGGGUAUACAGGAGAUGGAGUAGAGUGCGUCGGUAAGCACAGUGAUAAUAUUCCCGACAAAUGGUCGUAUUUAAACGUACGAAAACAACUUUGACAAUACAAUGGGGAGGAGAAUUGGAGAAUUGUACACUUGAGUUAUUAUUAGAAAAAAUAAAUGAUGGAUUGAUGUCUUAGUCAACUUGAAAAGUAAAGUGUCUGGGAUUCAAGCGAUCUAGAAAGCAGGCCAGUCUUUAGUUUGUGAUAUAUCCCACGGUGUUGAAAAAAAAACAUGAACUGUAGAAUUUAUGUACAUGUAUCCAUAUCUAUUUUAUCAUUCAGAGUAACUAUCAGUUGGGGAGCCCUCCUAGUGCUAAUCAUUGCUUAACUUGUUCGUUAUUACUGUCAUUAUUCUAAUUUUAAAGACAUCGAAGAGUGUCAGGUUGAUGCAGAUAACUGCCAUGUUGACGCCAACUGCACCAACACUAAAGGAUCGUUCUACUGCACGUGUCAUACGGGAUACUCUGGAGAUGGAGUCAAGUGUGUCGGUAAAGGAUUUUAAAAUGACAAUAAAAAUGUUUUAAAUGGCUUUUGUACUUAUUGUGACGUAAAGACUAAAAGGAAGUUGAUGAUUUUAAAAUGCAUGAUUUAACUCCCUUUUCGUUUUUUCCUUUUUUAGAUGUAAACGAAUGCGGCUUGGAUUCUUUAUCUGAGAACCAUACAACUUAUGUAAAUAACUGUCAUAACGAUGCGAACUGUACGAACACCAAAGGAUCAUUCUAUUGCACGUGUCUAAAUGGCUAUUCAGGCAAUGGAGUCUCUUGUGUUGGUAAGCCGGCAUCUUAAAAAAAUCUUACAUUUCGAUUCGCCUUUGCAACCACGUUGUUUCCGUUUAUUCUUCAUUUAGACGUAAACGAAUGCGAACCUGGUGGCAUCAAUGACUUCUACCGACAUUUGGCCCAUAACUGCCACAAUGACUCUAUCUGCACCAACAUAAAAGGCUCUUUUUACUGUACAUGCCUCUCAGGAUACACAGGAGAUGGAGUCUUCUGUACCGGUAAGUUUUAGAGGUCUUAAAUUCUUUAGACAAAUAAUUGCUUUCCCUAACAUGUGAUUUAUCAACCUAUAUUUUUAGAUAUCGAUGAAUGUGGCACAAAUGUCGACAACUGUCACUCUGAUUCUAACUGCACCAACACCAAAGGAUCAUUCUUCUGCACGUGUCAUACGGGAUACUCUGGAGACGGCGUGACUUGCGAGGGUAUUCUUAACAAUUUAAUUAUGAACAUAAAAUAUUCAAUAUUGUAUUGACGUUACCUAAGCCAUUAACUGGCCUUUUAAAAAGAAAUACAGUAAAAUCAUCCUACAUUUAAAGUUCCGAAUCUUAGGCUGAAUAGGAACUGAAAUUUGAGGAGAAAACUAUUUCUUCUGUGUUACUAUAUUCUUAUUUCUUGACAUUUCGUUUGACAUUGAACAGACUAUGGCUAGUUAUAAAAUUAAUGGAGGUGCAUUUACUCAGUUACUGCCAGGGAAGAUUGGUUAUAAUUAACAAUUAUUCUUUGAAAUCGAGGUGAAUAGUGGCCAAAUAUUUACCGAGACGCGAAAGCGGCGAGGUAAAUAUUUCCAAAGCCACUAUUCACCGAGAUUGAAAAAAAUAAUUGUUUUAGUAUAUACACACGAAGUGAUCUCAACAAAAUCAGAGAGGAAACCAUUCAAAAGUACGAUUUGAUUGACAGAUCAAAUCACGCGUAAGUUUAAAAAUAGAUCUUUGCAGAAUUUUCAAACAUGGCAAUUCACAAGUUUAUCAUUUCGCAAACCGACAGCGUAAUGGCUUAAAUGGAACCGCUAAAAGUUUGAACUGUUUCCUUACCUGAAAAGAAAAGUAGAGCUUUGUUGUUUUCUGUUGACUCGCCAAGUUUAUAGCCAAAAGGGUUUGUUGUGUCGUUCUUCGCAUGAAGUGCUCACAAAAAUGGCGGCUCGGUUGCUCGAGGUAAGACUUCGUCUUCCUGUAUCAUUCUUUUUCCUGUUCACUUGAAACGUAGAAUUUCUGCAAACAUUUCCUUUUAAAUUUGUUUUUCAUAAAUAAACUUCGAUUUCUGAGCGAAAAUUUUCUUGUUAGAAAAUGCUGAGUUCACGAAACGGCUUCUUCUACGCGAAUACACGGGAGUUGUAAACAAUCCAUCGAGCACAAAACUCAGCUACAGUAAAUUGAAAAACGCCGUAUUGAACCCUUCCAAGUAUUUUCUUGCCUUAAAAGAAGUCAGCCCUAGGAUUUUGUCGACUUUUAAAAGAUCGUUCUCUAAAAAGAUGGGAAAAACACCGAGCUCACACAUUAUCCACUCGCUAGGAGGUGAAUAUUGUUGAAUAGUCCGAGAUAGCGAACCAAUCAGAUUGCUUGAAUCACCAAGAUCACUGAGUGUGUAUAUACUAAUUAAUGAUAUAGAGAAUAUUACAUGGCCGCGCGGGGAUACGAAUUUUAUCUUCGAGUACUGAAAGAUACUUUCGGCACGAAAAGAUAAAAUUCGUCUCCCCAAGCGGCCAUAUAAUGUUCUGUUUAUCUUAUAGAUACUGAUGAAAUUCCUACAUAAAACACAACUUUUUUUUCGGCAAAUCUUUCUGAAUGUUCUUCAAGCUCGGAAAAAGUAUCGAUGUGAAAAUUUGGCAACUCAUCGAGAAAGUCACCGGUUACUGUACCGUCUUUGCACCCCGAAGCCAUUUUGUGAAUGAAAUUUCAAAAGAACCGCCCCCCUCCCCCCCCCCCCUGAGCGGGAAGCUCUCUUGUAAUUGGCAAAUCAUGUUUUUUUUUUUUAAUUUAUUAUUUAAGCUAAAUUUACAUCACACAAAACGUAUACAUAUUACAACUUGACGAAACAAACAUAAAAAUAGCUGAGGUUACAUUUAUGCUUGAAUUCGCUUAGCUACUUACAAUAAAAGGAAAGGACGGCGAACGGUGGACGGUGGAUGGCUCAACUCUGCAGGACACAUGGCUAAGUCAAAGCGAUUAGCUAGAGGGUAACAAGUGCAAGCAACAAAUUUAAAUAAGAAAAAAAUUCCAUUUGUUUGAAAAGACGGUGAAAGAAUUACAGCGGAGUGCUUCUUGUUUUUCCAUCUCAAUGACGGAAUUUAGUUUGCCCUUAAAAAGAGUCAUGGAGGGAGACUUACCUGCAAGUUUGCUCUAGUAUAUAUGUUGUCUCCCAGAACGAGAGCAGAUCAAUGGCGGUAGAGGGUGCAAAUUUAGAGAGUCCCGUCAGAUGCAAAUCGGUUAGUGCAGUACUCUUGAGGCCCUUUUGAAUCAAAAAUUGUUUAACAUCGUUCCAAAAAGCAAUUGUUGCCGAACAUCGCCGAAAUAGAUGAGAUAUAGACUCUACUUCCCUUUGGCAAAAAGAGCAUUUGUCCGAUUGCUUCAAAUUAAUUUUCUUUAAAAAAUCAUUGGUAGCAAUCCUCCGAUGUUCUUAAUUUUGUAGAAGCCGUACAGUGGAAAGCGAUUGUGUAUACAUCUUUCCAAUCAAUAUCACUUGCAUUUUCGACUUGAAGGUCACUGAGCCACUUCUCUUGGCUUUUAAUGGGUGUAGAGAUUCUUUUUCUCAGUAGCGACUUAUAAAUAAGGCAAAUCAUGUAGUAACCACGGCGACACCAAUAUCCUCACACGUGAAAGACAAAAAUAGUAUCUUCACUGCGCGGGAUGAAGAUAUGAUUUUUUAGUACAAGGAAAAAUCCUUGUAUUUCAUCAGUAUCUGUAUAAUAAAUAGAAGAUAUUACAUGGCAGCGCGGAGAUACAAAAUUUCUCUUCGACUGUCAAAAAAUAUUUCACGAGUGAGCGCAGCGAACGCGUGAAAUAUUUUUUCAACACGCGAAGAUAAAUUUCGUAUCUCCAAGCGGUCAUGUAAUGUUCUAUUUAUUAUAUAAAGACCAAUGAAAUACCAAACCAUUUGACUUUCAUAGUUCUUCGGUGUGAAAGGCGCGAUUUAUUAUGUAGCCAUAGCAACGGUGAUAUUUUCACAUGUGAAGAUAACAUGUUAUUUUCACAUGUGAAGAUAUCAAGUUUUCGCGCGAAAGCUUACCCGGUAUUUCAUUGGUGUUUAUAUAAAUAGAGAAUACUUCAUGGAAAGUGCUGGCGUACGGUAUUUACGCACGAGUUGUUGACGUAUCAGAAAUCGAACGAGUGAGCGCAGCGAACGAGUAAGAUUUCUGAUACAAAAACGAGUGCGUAAAUAUCGUACAAAGCACUUUCCAUGUGGUAUUGUGUUUAUUAUAUACAUACCGAGACAUUCAUCAUUUUGGCGGCCUUUUUAUUUUAAAUCUUUCAAAAAUGCUUAUUUGCCGCUACACACUUGCCGCAAAAUGACAAAGAAAACGAAGUAUCAGCUUUUUAGUACAAACGUUUGUUAAAAACAUAAAUGACGGUAAGGAUAUGAGGUAAUCCAAGAACUAUAAGUAAUCUUAACUGUUUGUUGUCAAUGCACAAUUGAAAAUGAGUAAAUUUAAGUAAAAUGGCCGGUUUCAAUAUAAGCUUAAGCUUAAAUGAAAGGCAAAGUAGCUCCGAAAAAAAGCACAACAAAAGCUUACGUCUCGUUCUGUUUUUCCCUUUCCGCUGUUGUUUCGCCGGCUCUCUACCGUUUUCUUUAUCGACAGUGAAACAAACGAAACUAUUCCACUCCAUUUCCGAAAUGUUUUUCACUUUUUUAGCGAGAAAAACUCUUUGAGUAAAAUUUUUCUCGUUGAAUGUGUGCGAAGCGGCGCUGCAAACUGCAAUAAGAGGCGGGAAUUUUGGCGCGAAACUCACACACCUCUGUGGCCUCUGAUUGGACGUAUCAUUUUUCUCACACGUGAAAAAACAUCGUUCGCGAUUCUGAUUGGACGUAUCAUUUUUUUCACGUGUGAAAACCAUCGUUCGCUCCUCUGAUUGGCUAGAACUAAUUUGCGUACAAAAAUUUACGACAUAGCUUUUUGGUGAGUAUUUUUCAGUAUGUAUAUAAUAAUAAAUGAUUUUAACAAAAGCUUUCCUGUUUAACUUGCCAGACAUCGACGAGUGCUCAUCGAUAGGUCUAACUGUCGUGCAUCGGCAUUACGCACACGAUUGUCAUAAUGACGCUAACUGCACAAACACCAAGGGAUCGUUUUACUGUAUGUGUCAUGUCGGCUACACUGGAGACGGAGUCACGUGCUUAGGUAAGUUAUACCAUUUUUGCAUGUUCAUUAGAACCCAUGUCAAACCAGGUCAAGCGCAGGCCCAUAGAUUCCAUUAACGAAUUUUUAAUAAAUAAGAAAACUGAACUGUUAGUUAUUUUAGAUAUUAUAUUCAUUUCUGCAUUCCAGGAAGAGAGCGGAGCAUUGUUUAGACUACAACUUGGUAUUCUGUCAGAUUUAAAACUAUUUAAUUGUUUUACAUGGAUAAAAUUUCUUAAGACUGUUUAAUAACAAAUUCAACUUGAAAACUGUUUUGGCAUAGAUUCACAUGUAAGAUUACUUCUAUUACGCUUGUAGGAAUGUAUACGUGAAUUUUAUCUCUUCUAUUAAUGGAGAAUUCAAUUUUUAGAUAAUCAAGUGAUUAGAUCAAGAGAAUCUAUGACUGGUCUAUGAGUGGUUGCGUUCCUUUUAACCAGAUUUUUCUCGGAUUUAGACAAUCCAGAUUGUUUGGAUUUUUGUGUUAGCCGGAACAAAAAUCUGAAAUAAGGUUGAUCCAUACAGUAGCUGCCUACUACUCUGAUCUUCAUCUCAAUUUCAGCGCAUCGUUCUUUAUUUCUUUCCUCUAAAUUAAGCUUUUUCUCGUGGAGAAAUAGAAGGAAAAGUAGCUCUUUAACUAGCGGUGGUUUAUACCGGGAGUCAUCAACUUGAAAUUAUCUGGAAUUUGAUUCAAACAAAUUCAGAAAACAAUCACGAAUUCUUAAGCCCGAUACACACGAGGGAUUUUGCUCCCGGAGCAUGCUCCAGGGGCAUACUCCGGGAGCUUGAGCUCCUCCGUGUCUACCAAUGAUUUCAUGGGUAUACUUCAUCCUCGGGAGCAGAAUUUCCACCCCGCAAAAUGCUCCACGAUAUUUAACCGGUUAAAUAUUUGUGAGCAAGCUCCCGGGGCAAAUUGAGCGAACUUGAAAACGCUCCCUCGUGUGUACUGACACGUGCAAAAAUGACCCUGGAAAAUGCUUCGGGAGCAAAACCCCUCGUGUGUAUCGGCCUUUAAGUGCUGAGAAGCGCGCCCUAAACACACACGCAUUGGACGUUUUACGGUGAGAAAAUCCAAGCGUUUUCGCUAAUUUACAGAUUUAGUGUUACAGUGGAACUUGCGUUAAAUAUACUACAAUCCUUUAGAGGCAUAGAUACACGGAGGCGUAUCAAUGACUUUUGCCUGAACUGACCUUGACCCGCCGUGUUUAUGGACGAACGAGCACGUUCUUGCGAUCGAAAAGCAGUUUCGUUAAUUAAAUGGAACAAAAAUCUGAAACCAGAUUGAGAUACCAACCUGAACGAUCCAAGCGCGGGGUUGGGUGGACAGAUUGUAAUCUUAGAUUGGUUUAGUCCUUAAUGGAACGAAAAGUCAAAUUUCGGAUCGCGAAAUCCGGAUCUAGAUUGGUCAAAAGGAACGCAACCUGUCUACGUUUGUCCUGGUCUCGUGACUGCAAACACAGUCUGGUAAUUCACAAUCUUAUGAACUGAAACCAGCUUCUGUGAGAUCUGCACCUUUUUUCUUCAUUGUUUCCGAAAAGAUAUCGACGAAUGUCAAAUAAAUACCGACAAUUGUAACGCCGAUGCCAACUGUACCAACACCAAGGGAUCCUUCUCCUGCACGUGCAAUAGUGGAUUUAAGGGGGAUGGAGUUACAUGUCAAGGUAAAUUUACGAUAGUAUUAGUAAUGCGUUAAUUAACCAUGGAAACGACAAGUUAAGAAAACAAUGGAUUAUUUUGUUUGUUCAACUUGGGGUUGACCGACUUACUAAAGCCUAAAGAGGAGAGCAUCAGGAGAAAUCUCUACUAACGUAAACUACCCUUGAGUAACGAGGUAUGCUCACUAGUUGACGAAAUAGCUUUUGAACAACAAGAGAAAGACAUUUUCAAAGGUGUGAGCAAAUUAUAUUCAAUCGGCGUCUUGAGCCAUCCUCCUAAGUAACACUGUCAAAUUUGAAAUGCAGACUUGGCAUUUUACAGUUUAAGAUCACUUUUUUCCUUACCGGUUCUUUGUCGAAACACUUAUAAACGGUUUACAUGGCAUUAGUAAGUUUUAUUGAGACCAGGCUUCUGUAAAAGAAUUUUUAAGUAGUAGUAACAUCUUGGUAUGACAUCCUGCAUUUAAAGUGGUGCCGGUUGUGGAAGGCAUUAUUUACUUGAUUUUACGUUUACGCGCCAUUUGAAGAUGAAGUGUUACCCACAUCUGCAUUUUCGCUUUAGGUUCCAACUUUUCUUUACUCUUAUUAAUUUUUAACGCAGAUAUCAAUGAAUGUGUAGACAAUAUACAUAAUUGUCAUACUGAUGCUAUUUGUAACAACACAAAUGGCUCGUUUUACUGUACGUGUCAUAACGGUUAUUCAGGGAAUGGAGUCAACUGUUCAGGUACGGCGACCAUAAUUAACUAUUUCUUUUCUUAUUUAUUUAUUUAUUUUGAGGCUUGCUUUUUUCUGAAAAUUUGGUGAUCUAUCCAUCCGAGAAAAUUUAGUUAUGACGUCAGCAUACGACCUCCCGUCCGUACAGACCCUGGAGACGGGGGAAGGGAGUCAGACGUCAUUCGUCGGGGGAAGGAGUAUGUUAUAGCUGAGGUGAAAUUUUGCAUUUCAAGCAACUUGCUUGUUUCGACGGUAAAUCACAUGGCCGCUCGGACUUUUGGGGAGGAAAAAAAAAACAAAAAAAUUAGAUAACAGGGAAGGAGCUAGAGCGAGAAAUUUCGGCGAAUUUCGUUGGAAGAAAAACAUGAAAAUUAUAUAGCGGCGAUUAGAAAAGGAGAAAUGCUAGCGGCUACCAAAGUGAAGUGAUCGGCAGUGAAAAAACUGUGAGUGAACAAGAACACAAACAUUUCCUCCAUAAAACGUGUAAAUAGGAAGUUAAAAGAAGUUCCACGUUUUAGUCGUGCAAAACAAAGACAAGGAAAUAUAUAAGAAUGUGUGCUGCACGUGCAAAGUUGUUUCUUUCAUGUAUAUUAUUAAUAUUUCUUAUACGAUCACAUUGUGUUACUGCUCGCCGGGGCUUAGGCUACGCAGAGGGAUACCAACAAACGUUUUCCCGCUCGAAGUUCUCUUUAGACCAUAAUAUCUCUGACAGCGAACGUUUGACAAAGUAUGAGGGAACUCACGAACGGCAAUAAAUUGAAUAGACUCUCAAAAAAACGCUUGUUUGUCGGUUGUUUGUGUAAUUCAUGUAUUUGUUUAUUCUUUAACCUUUGUUGUCCUGUUUCUCACCAGCCCAAAAGUAACGUGACUUUGUAAAUAAAUUAACCAUCUGAAUCAAAGUCCAUUUGCAGAAAGUUUUAAAAAUCAUCCCACCAAUUUCACCGGCGAAAAACGUCUGAUUGGUCGACGCGCGACCACGUGACAUUGCCCAAUUCAAAAUGGCGGCAGUACCUCCAUAGUUUGUUUAUUCCAGUAGAAAGAAGAUUAAUUGCGGCUUCAUAUGAGUUGCAAAUCCAUAUACGGAUAUUUUUAGAAUAGCCUAGACUUUUUAUUAUCCUUUUUCACCUAUUCGUUUGGGAUUCGUUCCCUGCGAUGCUCGCGUUUUGGCCGGUUUACCGGAUUCAACUUCGGACUCUUCACGAUCACGAAGGUCACCAAUAUUUUUGAUGAAAGCCGGGUCACUAGAAAGAACGGCCUUUGUUUUUUGUGCGGAGAAAUAAGACACUAUGGGUCCUUUGAAAUUGCUUAGACACCUGGAAAUUAUUAUUAUUUUUUUUUUUUACCGAAAAGAUAAAGCAAAAUUAUGUUUUCUCCAGCAAGACUUUAAUUCUAAUUUAUGGAAAAAGCUUGAACAUGAGCUAAAUGAACUGUAGUGUCUGCAUUCAUAUUCUUUUCAUUGCAAUUUUAAUAUCAAAACUUUAAAGCCGUCUACGACCGAGCAGGUUUUUUUUUCUUUUUUCUUUUCAAUGGUUACUGUGCUUGAUCUGAAUAAGAUAAUGAAAUUUUUAAAAUUAGAGGAAUACUAUAUAUAAAAGAAGAGAACUUUGAUUGCAAAUAUGUUAGUUGUAAAAAAUACUGAUUAUACUAUAUGAUCUUUUUACUAUAUAGGUUAGAAAAGUGAUGCGUAGUUAAAAGUGCUACAAAGGAGUAGAAACCCAGAUCUUUCCAUUAAUAAAUUUUAUUGACACUGUCAGGGACAUAUACUUUGCUUGAGUACACAUUUGUUCGUCAAAAAAUCUUUUUUGUGAAGCUUCACUUUGUUUGAUUCAGGAUCAAUCAACCUUUUCUGAAGAGAAAUGAACAAUAAAGUAUGUUAACAUGUCACUACUUCAACACUGCCUUAGCCAACAACUAAGAAGAAACUCAACUUCAUAUCACUUUGUUUGAUUCAGGAUCAAUCAUCUUUGUUUGAUUCAGGAUCAAUCAACCUUUUCUGAAGAGAAAUGAACAAUAAAGUAUGUUAACAUGUCACUACUUCAACACUGCCUUAGCCAACAACUAAGAAGAAACUCAAUUUCAUAUCAAAAAAACAAAGUGAAAAAUACUUCACUGUGAAACAACAACCCCUUCAAAUAUAUAUCACAUUAAAUUCAUGCAAAAUGUAGAGCUGAUGAGAAGUUUAGAGGAAAAGAAACAAACGAUAAUUGCAAUGAAACUAUGUUAAUAUAUAUCUAUAAUGAAUGAGAUCUGUAUUUGAGUGUUCUCUUAUAAUUCUGACAGAAGAUCAAAAUUGGAAACUGCAUAUCCUAAACAACUGCAUUCAUCAACAUGAUCCAACUAAAAUUUCAUUAAGACUCAAAGUUUACUCCAAACUUUAAACGAUUAUUUUUUUUUUGUCUGGGAAAGAACUUUUGAAUACUUAAUAGCAUGUUAACUCUAUCAUUCAUUCAUAACUUUGCUCCACAAAAAAUUAAGCCGAAAACGAUGGACAGAAAAACAAAAGCAUUCACAGGAAUAUUACCCUGUUCAUCUCCUUCCAGGAUCCAGUUUUCAAGCAAAGAAUGAGCACCCCCCACAGAAAACCUUGUGUGCAAAAUUUAGUACUAAAAAAUUGUACACGGAAGAAAACAUGUCCGUAAGUACGGUUCCUAACGAAGUAACUCGAUCGUUGUGUGGAUACUCCCAAGCCAAAUUGAUGAGCAAAAUACGAUCUUUCAAUUAUGAAAUUGCAAGCCUAAAUGUACAGCAGCUGUGCACAUUGUAAAGAGAAUUUUUUUUCACAAAUCAGAUUGUUGCUGGACCUAUCGAACUGUAGCUCCAAGACGGUCUAAGUAUUUAAUGAAAACACUCUCACAUUUUCUCAUUCGACAGUUCGCAUAAAACUCAAAUUUCUAUAUGGUAACAUACAAAGCUGUAAUAAGGUGCAACAACAAUGAAAUUUGCAUCGAUCGAGAAAAUCACGUUUCGAACUACGCACUUUAGAAAACUAACGCAACCCGGCCGCUUUCGAUCCACUCGCCACAAGACAAUUUAUAAUUACACAGCAAGACAACCGCUAAGAAUAUUUCUCUACCUUCUUUAUAAUCUCCUUUUGUACCGAGUGACACGAGAUUAAGUUGAACCAAGCGUAAGCGUAUUUUUCUGCCAUAAACAGUGUAAACAUGCGGAGAUUAGGCAUCUAAAUAUAGUUUUUCCAGCAACAAAGUACACGCUAAGACAUAUUAACAAAACAAAGCCCACAAUGUCUGUCCCUCUAUUUUUUUGUUGUUGAAUCCGUGAUAAGAAACUUGAUCAAAACAACAAAAAAAUUUUGGAUAGCAUUGUAAUACACUCUUCGAUCAACAGUCGAAUGUUAUCAAAGUCGAAUUUUGACACAAAAACGGGAUACACAUUUCACAAAACUGUCGCUUCCGUGCAACUCGGUGCAAGCUAAUUUAUAUACCAAAACAAAGCCCAAUAAUUUUUCUUCCACUGCUUUAUAAUUUCCUUUUGUACCGAGUUGCACGGAACAUGCAGUAAACAAAAAGAGCAAAAAUUACCCACCUUUUCGGCAUGUCUUCUACAUGCAAACCAGCGACCUCAACGUCAGUAACACUGAAUAAGACCGUGCUAAUGCGAUUUUUCGCCAGUUUCAGGACGCUAUAUUCCCUAGAGAACACACUUACGUCAAAACUUUGACCAAAAUAAUUUUUGAUCUCUUACAGUGGCAAGAAACUGCAACGCUGUCACUGCCAAAAAAAGCUGCCAUCGCUUCUUUCAUCUCAACAACAUUUCCCGGGCAUUUUUGCCUCAGAGCCAAUGACAUUGCCCGAAAUAGAUCACGUGUCAUUUUUAGUAGAGCAUGCGCAGACAUUUUUCGCCGGUGAAUCCCACCAAUACUAACGACACGUUCACCUACUGUAACUUAGGCAACAGAGUCCGAUUUGAGCAGGCAUUCUUUCAGUCGUUUGUUUGGGGACUACGAAAAUUUGUUUUGGAUUAGUUGAUUACGUAAGAACAUGUUCGGAAGAAGAGUCAGGACUUCCUUGUUUAUUCAAGUCAAGUUAGUUUAGCCAAAUAAAUUGCAGGAAAGGCUGUUACGCAAGAAGCUGGACGUUUAAUAACUACAUAGCUUUCAAAUAUUAUUCUAUAGACAUGGAUGAGUGCAGCAUGGAAACUCAUAGUUGUCAUGUACAUGCCACUUGCACCAAUACCAAAAGAUCAUUCACUUGUGCCUGUAAUCGAGGCUUUCACGGAACUGGCUAUAAGUGUGUAGGUAAGCUUAAAGUAACUACUGAGCUUUGUUAUUCUGAAGGAAAAAACGUUAUCUAACGGUAGCCAAGUGACUAAUAGAGAAUUAAGGCUGGUAGUUUUUUAAUUGGCCUCUCGAUAUCUUGCUUUUAGAUACGGAUGAAUGCAAAUAUGACCUAGACAAUUGCCAUGCAGAUGCGACUUGUACUAAUAUUAAUGGCUCCUUCAAUUGCACGUGUUUGAUUGGUUACGCUGGUGAUGGAGUCUCUUGCAUAGGUAAGAGUAGCAUUUAAUCAAUACACCCCAAACUACGUAUUGUAAUUCUAAGGAUUUUAUUAUAUUAUUAUUGAUAACCUAUGUUUCUCACGUAACUAUAAGGUAAAAUAUAAUAGUGAAUAGGAAAAUACCAGUGAGCUGCGUGGCAUAUUAAUAAUUAGUACUGAAGGAAAUGUGUAUUUAGCGAAAAACAAAACAUGAACAAAACGUGCCAUGUUAUUGAGGUUUCAAAACGUUUUGGGCAAGGCCCUUCAUCUGCGAGUACGUUAAAUCCGCUACAAGAGAUUUGUAUACACCACAGAUUAACAAUAAAAAACAUAAUGCGCAGCCUAAGGGUGGAUUUCCAAAUAAAGUAGAGGCAAUGCAUGAAAGGUCGCUCGAAAACGUAAAAAUUGAAUCUCGCUCCACUUCACGUUUAAGCUCAACACUCUAUAUCUUGCCUCUAUUUUAUUUACGCGAGUAAAAUUUGCAUGUGUGUACACGCACGUAAAAAGUACGCGACAAUGGGAAUCCAUCCUAAAGGAAACGGACGUGGGAAUGAUCACGUUGAAUGACUGGUGCCAUGUUAGAAGGUCAGACGCAUCUCCAGGCGAGUUUUUGCCGCAGAUGAAAAAGCCUAAAACAAGAGCAUCACUAUUGGAGUAACCAGUUGUGUUAAGACGUUUGAAGCCACAUCCACAACAAGGCAAGUUCCCUGCUAUUGGGUAAUAGCCUCCGUGGCAGGUUUUCGAAAGGGAGGGGAGGAAUCAGGCGCGCCAUUCGCUCUCGCGCGCUGAAAAUUCCCACUUCCACCUUUCUCUUUUCUAUGCCUACACUGAUUAGGCAGGUUUUGACUGAAGUUUUUUAGUGUAAAGCUGUUAAUCCCAAAAAGGACGCAUUUUGACGCUGAGUCUCUAAUUAGUAUCACUUAAAAAAAAAUGUAAUUGUGAUUUUUCUAAGACAUUGAUGAAUGUGAAACUGACACGCACAACUGCAGUUGGGGAGCGUCCUGCUUUAACACUAAAGGAUCGUUUUACUGCAAAUGCUCCGCGGGAUUCUCUGGGGAUGGUUUUACUUGCUUUGGUAAGUGGUUGUUUAAUGUGUACACAGAGGGCAAGUCAAGUCUUUAUAGCGCACGUUGCCUCGACCUUCGAGCUAGGCAAAAGUGGUGUUGAUCUCCGACCGACUCUGGAAGCGUCCCGCCACGCGCGAAAAAAAAAGCGGUUACACAAGGUAAUGAUAACUGAGAUAAAUUAGAUUGUUCAGCUUCCCCAAUACGCACUGGAAUUUGGAUUUGACAGAAAUGCAGCUGACUGAUUGACGUUCAGUGAGAGCCCAGUGGUUCGCUGUGUCCUAUAUAUUUAACAAUUCUUUGAGUAUCCAAUCUCUCAAAGUUAAUCUUUUGUACUGUUAUGUCGUGCUCUUUUCUAAAAACGUUUUUCUCGUAAUUGACUUUUGCUUUUGCGACUUACUUUUGCAACAAAGUUCUGGUAAAGCUGGGUCUUAUUGGCUUAUUGGUUUAUUGUAUUUUAGAUAUAAACGAAUGUCUCAUUGGAACCCAUAACUGUCACCCCGAUGCCACGUGUUCUAACACAAAUGGUUCUUUCAACUGCAACUGUGUUCAUGGUUUUAGUGGCAAUGGAAGCUUUUGUACAGGUAAUUUAUGAACUGAUUUUAAAAUUGUGGAGUAGGUGUUUUCAUUUGAAACACACGACUUUUCAUAUAUUUGAAUUCACUUUUUAACUGAUUGUACUUUUGAGAGGCCUUGUUUCAAGCAUUCACGAAUAACGAUCCAAAUAGUAUCGCAGCUACAAAUCAGCUAGCAAUCAUGAUGUAAAUUCAUUACGGGUGUUGGUGUUCCAACCAAACUAAGUACUUGUAUUGCACUAGGCACUUGUAAUCCUUGUAUUAUCUUUGAACACUAACAUGGUGCCUCCCAGCCCAGUACCAUGAAUCGAUCAUUCAUGCAAAUUAUGUUUGUAGAUGUGGACGAAUGCUUAGUUGGCUCAAAUGACUGUAAAGGAGUCUCAGUGUGUAUCAACGAACACGGCAGCUACAAUUGCUCUUGUUUGCCAGGUUUCCUCUACAAUGGAACAGAUUGCCUCGGUAAGAAUCCAUCAACGACAACACAUCUUCUUCAUUUAUUGUCAGUUGAAUUUUAGGACUUUCUCAGAUGAUGAAAAGUACACUGUAAAACGUUUCUCGUUUCGCUUUUUUAUAUCACUAUCGCAUCAAUUUGACAUUUCAAUUUAUUUUCCAGAUAUAGACGAGUGUAAUGAGAAUACACACAGCUGUCAUGAAAUGUAUGGUAUCUGCACCAAUAAGAUACCUUCUUUUCUCUGCACAUGCGCUCUGGGCUCAAAAGGGAAUGGAACAUACUGCCUUGGUUAGUUAGUUGUUGAUUCCAAUUCUUUUAUAACAAUCAAAAUGUUUUAUAACAAUCCUUUGAGGUAUUUAUGUUUAAGUGUUCCGUCUGCUUUCUUCUAUUUGUUUCGCGUGUCAUAUUAUGCCUGAGUCUAUUGCCAACCUAAGAAGAGAAAAUAACGAUCUCAAAUCUAAAGUUUCAACAUUAACGUCUUAUUAAGUUUUUUAAUACUUUAGGUUAGCUUCUCUUCGUAAUCGUUAUGUACUUGCCUUGUUUUAUGUUAGUUUGAAUUCUAUUUACUGUAUAGUAGUGUCUUCACUGUUAUUUAGUCCAUCUAUAUAUAAAUCUUGUUUUGUAAUAUCUCUUCAGCUAAAUUAAAAGUACUUUUCCUACUUCCUAAUUUUGAAAAAAAGUUGAGUGUUUUAGUUUACUUCAUUACAUACGAUGUAAACUUUGAAAAGAAAUUUCGUCGAAAUCUAUGGACUUCUACGCUUUCUGUGGCUAUGGCGCAUAAGGGGAUAUAUCAUCACCAUCCACGGAGAGAGAAGGCUUAAAUGAAUAUUUCACCUUGUUGCCUUGAUUUUGUUGUGUACUUAGUGCUCAAUUUGGGCAUGAACGAAUUGUUUUUGAGAAUCAGUUUGAUCUUUUAGAGUUAAAAGACAACGUUAUUUAGCCCAAAUACUAAACGGUUUCUGUGUUAAGUUGUUCAAUAAAAGUUUGUAAAAUGAUGUUACUAGUUUGACAUGAAAGGUACCUACUGUUAUGAAAGCGAACAUGAUCUUCGAAGUUCAAAAUAUGAUUCAUUUCAUACAGCUAUUUCGAGGAAGGUUGUGGGAUAAAGUGCGCGCGACAACCCCGAAAGGUACUGAGGGUGGUUUUGAGUUCACUGUUUUUCAAAGAAAUUUUAAAGAAUAGCAGGAGAGGCCAUGGACAUAUGUCUGCGAGUGGUAAAGGAAAGCAACAAAAGUAGUUUCUACAGCUACAGUGUCAGGAACAGUGGGUUAAGCAUAUCUCAUAUUACUUUUUAGGGUUGUCGCCUGCACAUUUUUUCCGACAACCUUUCUCGAAAUAGCUGUAUAUUUUAAUUUGUACCUACUAUCGUCAUAACGGAUACAAAAACCAUUUUUUAAAGUUGAUCUUUCCUUUUUCAGAGCUGAACCAGGUUUAUAUGGUUGACCUGAAGCUUCGCUCAAGUCAAUGGCGCGAGGAAUACCGAAUGUCCAACAGCUCACAAUUCCUGGACCUCGCCGCGGAAAUUGAACAAGGGGUAAGCUUUAUUUAUUCAAAAAUUGUUCCAGUUUUUAAUACAUAGAAUUAGCCAAGGCCAAAGGCGGGGCUCUCGUAGGAUCUUUUAAGAAAUUUCUUUCUGACGUUCUUUAAGGUGCCUCUGUCAUUAAUACAGGAGCAUUAAGGUAUGAUUAACUUUCCGUCAUAACUUUUUUGUUUGUAACGCGAUAGCUCCGAAACGUUGCAAAGAACAACAGAUACCGUUCGGCAAUAAAUAACUCUUAUUAGCCGAGGUUUCGGUCCGUACUGUAAAUUACGGACCGAGUUUUUUUCCAUCGAUUUAUGGCCCAAGCGCGAAGCGCGCGGGCCAUAAAUCGAUGUACGGACCGAAAAAAACGAGGCUGAUAAGGUGUAUGGCUUCUUCCAGUUUUGGGGACCGGAAACAACAUCGACACGCGUCAAGAAAGAAAGUUUUUAUUGGCUCACGAAAACAAUAGCACACAACAAAGGGUUUCCGAGAAAGUGAAAGGAAAUUCGCCAUGUUGAAAAAGUUUAUUUGGUCAAAACUAAGAGCGCUGUAAGUUUUAGCUCUUCAAUGUAACGCUGGAGUAUUUUGGAAACCGGGCACUGUGUCUUUCUUGAGGUCGUUUUCAUCUUUCCUCCGUUGGUCCUUGUAAAAAACACUGCAAAAGGCAAAGAAGCUUUUCAAGGUAAAUUUGUUGUCAUUGUCGAAGAUUCGCUCGUUAAUUUUUUUUUGGGAAAACCUCUCGAAUUUCUGCCAGUUCAUUCUCGUCUUCAAGCGUGAUCUGCGUUAAAAUUUUCAAACACGGACCAUAUUUUCUUCCACGGAAAGGUUACGAUUCAGUUUCUACAUCAGCUUCGUUCUCGUUCAAACAAAGCUAGGUUAAAAUCUGGAAAGGCAAAAUCAACAUCCCAGUCCUCAGGGUUUACAGACACAUUUUUAAGUAUAUUCGGUCAAAACUAAGAGCAUUGUAAGUAUUCACUCGCCAAUGUGACGCUGGAGUCUUUUGAAAACUGGACAUUGUGUCUGGCUCGGAGUCGCUUCUAUCUUUCUUUCGUUGGUCUUUCGAAAAACACUGCAAAUGACAAAAAAGCGCGUCAACAUGAUCGGGUGCAGGCAUGUUUGUUAUCAUAUUUACUCAUUUUCCCUUAGGCAAAAUAUCUCGAAUCUCUGCUAGUCGAUUUUCGUCUUCUUAACUGUGUAUUACGAUAAAAUUUUCAGACACUGACUAGAAUCCUCUUUGAUAAGAUUACGAGUUAGUUUCUUCAUCGCCUUCGUUCACAAAUAAACACAGUUUAAAAUGUUGAAGGACAAAGUCAAAAUCUAAGUCCUCACGGAUGAUAGACGUCUUGUAACUUAAUUUCAACCUUUUUUUCUGAGGUAAAGAGAUUUAGAGCUCCGAAAUGAGCAUUUUCUUUGAAAUUUUGGUCCGUAUAGCAAGUUAGUCGGACCACAAAUUGACCAAGCCAUAUAAUAAUGUGAAAUAUUCCGAUUUCAUUAAUGGUAAAUUAGCGCUUAAAAGGAUCCUAUAGUUCAAAGAAAAUCGCGUCUAGUAAAACAUUUUGCUGAUAUUUUUGAAUGAAAUUUCUGGCAUCAUCUUUCAUUGAUGUAAUAAAUACGCCAGAGAAAUUUCAGAGAAAUCGUUAGAGCAGAAGUCCGUAACUUAAAGUCGCUCAAAUUUAAGAUGUGAAAUUGUUUUUGAAUUUCAAAAACAAAUUGCUACGAGGUAUAACGAGCCAGCAGUUUGAAUGUUCGGGACAGGUAAUUUCGGUGUUUGCUUAUUCGGCUUAUCUCCGAAUUGGCAUCAGGACUCUCGGGAAAACAAAACUAACUGGUUUCCCAAGGGACCUGACAUUAAGUGUUUUGUUAUAUUUCUAGACUUCCACUUCAACAUACAACAAAAGAAUAACCGGAGCGAACCAAAACAGUCGACUCGGUACUUAUAACAACACAUAUUUAAUUCUUAAAACCACUGCAUGAAUGAUUUACAAAGUACUUUCCUUAUAUUAUCUGCAUCUUUUUCCUCCACUAGCUGCUGUUUCUCUUCUGGGAUGCCUUUAAAAAUCGUUGCUUUUUUAGCUUGAGGCCUCGUCUUUGUGUUCAAGUUGUUGUGUUCAUUCACGAAAAAGAAAACUGGCAGUGUUUUUCCCGCCUUCCGUCACACCACUUUCCACCAUGCUUUGAUCACGUUCUGUAAUGUAUCCCGAGCGGGGUACAUUUCUUAAUGUAUCACGAUCGGCAUACAUUUGAUUUUAGUCAAGGCCACGUGACCAAGAAUCAACCAAUGGCAGUCCCUGUUUAGUCUAGGAAUAUAACAAAAAAUAUUACUCACAACUGACAUAAAACAAAGAAAACAAAACACCCUUAACAAUGAACCUUUCAAAGGUUCUCCAAAGUUCUAACUGAGCUCUGAUUCAAGACAAAGCUUUUGAAGAUGCAUUGCAAUACAUCAAAGUGUAUGUGGCAGGAGUUUCAGCCAAAACUGAUAAGGCAUAUUUCAAAAAUGUCGAGAAACAAGUCAUUCGACUUCAAAGCAAGGUUUGGAACAAUUUAUAGUGCUUCUUGCACCAAAAAUUACCUUUCAAAGAAUGGCACUAUUCGCAAUCGGCUUUUCUUUUAAGAAUUGGCAAACACAGAAAUUACUUGUCCCGAAAAUCGGAACUAGUGGCCCCUUCUACCUCAUAGCAAUUUAUUUUUGAAAUUCCAGGACAAUUUCAUAACUAAAACAAUUUCACAUGUGAAAUUUGAGCGACUUUUAGUUACGGACUUCUGCUCUAACGAUUUUUGUGAAAUUUCUCUGACAUUUACUAGACGCGAUUUUCUUUGAAAAGUAGGGUGCUUUUAGGCGCUAAUUUCGCAAAAAUAUUUACCAUCAAUGAAAGCCUAAUUAAAUCGGAAUAUUUCAUAUCAUUGCCAAACGAAAUCUGUUGUUCUUUGCAAAUUUUUGCGGACAUCGUCUUAAAAACGCCGAAAAAGUUAUGGUGAAAACUUCCUCAUAGCUAAAUGCGCCUGUAUCAAUGACAGAGCCACCUUAAAUUUCAUCAUAAGCAAAAAGCAAUCUGAAUAGGACAAUUGCACGAUGACGUCAUUUUAAUACAACUACCAGAAUCCUUGAGUUUGUUGUUUUCUUGUGCAAAUUAAGGCUAUUGUUUUUUAAUCCUCAGCGGGAUUGACAAAUUUAAAUAACAAAGCACAACCGAAAUGAAUUCUGGUAGUUGUAGUCAAAUAUCGUCAUCGUGCAAUUGUUCUAUUAAUCCUGAAAAAAUGGACCAGAGCCUGCGACCAAUUAAGAACCAAUAACUGGCCAGCGGAAAACUUAAAAAUACACGCACGUAGACGAGUUGUACUCCAGACUGACCUGAGCCCGCGAUACAGUCAUGUGACUUACACUGCUCAGCGGAUACCCUAUUUUAACAGUUGUCAAUUGACCAUAACACGAAUGUCCAAUAUCAAGUUAAACACGGAUUGUAUAUUUUUCAUAUCCCUUAACUUGAAUGGAUGGGCGUAUGGCCAGACGGACGAUUUUGUCACAACCAAUUAACAAAUCAACAACUAUGGUCUGCACUCUUAUCGGUAAUAGCGCUCAACCAAUUAGCGCGCGCAGGCCGCUUAGUUAUUGUAAAAAUUUCGUGGAUGUAAAGAUGACCAAAUUCUAUCACCCUUGAAGCUCCACAACAAAGCAGAAACAAACCCAAGCUCCUCGCAGUCGAUCGCUUGAUAGCCACCACAACGAAGCAUACAAUCCUCAUUCCAACAAUACACCCAUUUGAGUCAACGCUCAAGAGAAUUUAACUCCAUUAUAGCGACGAUAUUGCGCUGGUUUGAUUAGACAAACUCUACAGCAAACUAUCACACUUCUAGAGAUUUUUUCUAUCACUUCAGUUAGAUAUGAAUGCAUUAGGGAGAUUUUUAACCAUAAUAUCUUCAGUAAACCCCAGGCGUAGACACAAUGAAUACGUAAUGCCUUCAAGUGACUGAAUUAAAAUCAAGUUAAAACAUUGUUUUGUAGGUUGAGGACGUUUACCAGAAUGACAACAAAUUCUUACGGAUGUAUGUUGUCAACCUUCACAAUAGGUACAGAUUAUUCGCAAAUGUUUGCUAUUUAUAUUGGGUUGUAUAAGACCUACCAUUAUGAACUGUAUAAAUCAACUUAGAACUAGAAGGUAACUUUUGAAAUGCGUUGUGACUCAGAUGGUUAAUUCAACACUAGACUAGAGUGAACGACGGACAUGAACUGGACAAAACGUGUUUAUGUUUCAUAUGAUCCGGAAAUAUUAGGUUACAGUGCUGCAUCGGAAAUCUGAUUUUAAAGUAUUUUUCUCAUGUCACACCUUUUUUACAGAUACACUGUAUCUGUACUUGGUUAUGUUCUGGUCUUUUCAAGAUGCCAGAUGAACUAGGCUAUUUACUUGUAUCUCAAAUUGUCCUUUUUUAGCAUGAUAUUUUAUUUGUUUAGUGCAUUUUAUUAUUGUAUUCUCGAGAACUGGCCACAUAAAAAGCUAAGCUAAAUGAGAGGAGUCAAAUAUCAAUUUCAAGCAAAAUGCUACGAUCAUGGCUCUUUCAGGCGAAUUAUACUUUAAGAAAAUUGGUUCAGUUUUAAGGUGGCUCGACUGGAUUUUUUGGGGUUGAUACCUCCCAACUUUGAGCAUUAACUACGUCGGGAUGAGUAAAGAUAUGGAAAAAAGGUUACCACAACUGUAUUAUAUAAAGAUGAAAAUUUCUUAUGAUCUGGGUUUUAUUGCAAUCGGAGUCGCCAUGGCAACGUAAUGACGCCAUUACGUUUUUCAUUUAUCUUUGUGUUUCUCUGUUCCAGGAGUUUUUUGAAGAAAUCGCUUUAGGGAGUAUGUACCUGCUAUAAUUGCCUCCAUUAUGGCGUAGUUUGAACAAAUUCUAUGAGAGCGUUUUCGAAAUAUUUUGAAAUGUAGUUUUAAGAAUAAUAAAAACAGUGAAAUAGCAUGCUACCUACACAAUUCGCUAAUAUUUUAAGAAAAUGAUAAGCUUUGGAAACGAGGCUUCAUCUCGUAGUGGUUUGAUUCCAUUGAAAACUGCAUACGAAAAAAGAGGGGAAUUGCUCUGGGCGAUCGCGAGUAAGAAGAAUUUUAUUAACUUGCAUUCAGCUGCUUUUGAUACAGUUUUUGGACGUAAUUUGGUCCAUGCCUAAAAAUUUCGCAUUUUUCCAAAAACCGCUCGAUAAAUUUUUUUAUAAAUUCGACAAUCCCGAGAUCAAUUGUCAAGAAAUAUUCCCUGCAAGUUUCAAGAACAUUGAAAAUAGGGAAGGCUUUUAAAUAGGGCCUCAAAUAUAACCAAUAUUCCCCCCAGAUCUUGUGUUUACAAGUGAGCGCCCUCAUUAUUCACUGGCAUUGUUUUCAAGUUUCAUAUGCACGUGCACAACUAGCAAAAGUUAUAAAUUUGCAUCAAAAAGAACUCUCGAUUACUUUCCGAAGAAAUAUCUGGAGUAUGCUAAUAAUUGGCUUGUCGUCACAGACAGCAGUGAGAGCCGAAACGGUGAAGGUCACGGCUCAUCGUGUAGGAUGGAAUACUUAAUUAUCUUACUCGGGUUAUAACAUCACAGAAACUCUCACAAAGAGUUGCUCUGAUGUUAUAAUAUAUCAUUAAUCUCUUUACCCGGUAAUUAGCAUAUCCCGGAGAUUUAACCGAGGGUCCUUUUUGAUGCAAAUUCUAUCUUUUUGCUAAAUGUGCACGUGUAUAUGAAACUUGAAAACAAUGCCAGUGAAUAAUGAGGACGCUCACUUGUAAACACAAAAUCUGGGGAAAAAAUUGGCUAUAUUUGAGGCCCUAUUUAAAAGCCUUCCCUGUUUUCAAUGUUCUUGAAACUUGCAGGGAAUAUUUCUUGACAAUUGAUCUCGGGAUUGUCGAAUUUAUAAAAAAAUUUAUCGAGCGGUUUUUGGAAAAAUGCGAAAUUUUUAGGCAUGGACCAAAUUACGUCCAAAAACUGUAUCAAAAGCAGCUGAACGCAAGUUAAUAAAAUUCUUCUUACUCGCGAUCGCCCAGAGCAAUUCCCCUCUUUUUUCGUAUGCAGUUUUCAAUGGAAUCAAACCACUAUGAGAUGAAGCCUCGUUUCCAAAGUUUAUCAUUUUCUUAAAAUAUUAGCGAAUUGUGUAGGUAGCAUGCUAUUUCACUGUUUUUAUUAUUCUUAAAACUACAUUUCAAAAUAUUUCGAAAACGCUCUCAUAGAAUUUGUUCAAACUACGCCAUAAUGGAGGCAAUUUUAGCAGGUACAUACUCCCUAAAGCGAUUUCUUCAAAAAACUCCUGGAACAGAGAAACACAAAGAUAAAUGAAAAACGUAAUGGCGUCAUUACGUUGCCAUGGCGACUCCGAUUGCAAUAAAACCCAGAUCAUAAGAAAUUUUCAUCUUUAUAUAAUACAGUUGUGGUAACCUUUUUUCCAUAUCUUUACUCAUCCCGACGUAGUUAAUGCUCAAAGUUGGGAGGUAUCAACCCCAAAAAAUCCAGUCGAGCCACCUUAACUUGACGAUUCAAUAAAUGUAACGUUAUGUAGAGGUCCCAUCGAUUACUCUUACUCUACAUAUUUCAUUUCUACUAGUGAUGGAGUCGUACUAGCUGAAUUCUGGAUGGUAUUUGAGGCUGAGGCAGUACUUCCUAUCACACCUCUUAACUUGGCCGUCAAGAGGGGUAGACUAGGAAAUCUGGCCAUUGAGAUGGGAGAUUAUCAAGUCACGCAAGUAGCUGGUAUGUUUGGAGGAUUAUUGAGUGAGCGGACAAAGAUGGGCAAGAAAAGGCUUCAACCGAACAUAAAACUAAAAGAUAUUUUCCCUUUUUUAAACAGAGAGAAUUGACUGUCCAGUGAAGUGUUCUGAGCAUGCUUUUUGUGCCAGAAACGGAACUUCCUUUAAGUGUACCUGUGCGAGAGGAUAUAUUGGUGAUGGAAUAAAUUGUAUUGGUAAGUUGGCUACCAAAUUAAUUUGAAAAGAAAAACAUGAUUAUCUCGUAAUCAAGAGUAAAGUAAGGCAGCAUGCGAUAGAGUAAACUAAGUAGAAUUCGAAAGAUACAUUGUUUGUAAUAUAUAUUGCAAGAGAUAUAUUAUUUGUAAAUAAAAUAUAUAUUGAGAUAUAUUGUUUGUACAUAAACUCCCCCCUGAUAUGAUAUGUACAGGCAUAUUGUUUGCAUGUUGAUCAUCGUUUGGCGGUUUUUUGUAUUGCUUUGAAAAGGCUUUCAAGUGAGUAGUAUGGUAGGGACUAAAUUAUCCGUUUUUUGCGCAGUAAUCUCAUUAACUUGGGCAGGAAUAUACUAACGCUGAUGAAUGUCAUAGCCUUUUGUCUUUGUAUCAGGAGAAAAAUGCGGGGAAAUGUCAUUAUCUUCUCUAUUUGUAUUUCCAAUACGAAAGAAACAAAGUACCUGCUUAGGCUUGGCUGAACAGGAAGUAAGAAUAUGAACUUUUAUGGGAGAAAUAAGCGCUAGCUCGCCUGACGAUGACGUCAUAACCUUUUGCCUUGAAUAUAAUGCGGGAGAAUAUCAUUAUCUUCUCCCUUUUGUGCUUCUAAACAACAGAGGACAAAGGACAUACCAAGAGGUAAGAAUAUGAACUUUUAUCGGAGGAAUAAGCGAAAACUCGUCCUUGACUUAAAAUCACUGAGUCGUAACGUAAUUAUGCAAGUUCCAUUUCCUGUCCCUCUCAUUAUCAACAAUUGUUGUCUUCUCCACAUUUCUAUUGCUUUCCCACCACCACCACUACCACAGCAUUUUUGUUUUCCCUCCUCAUUCAACUACACAUUAUCGAUCCUAAAUCGACCCUACAUGCAACCCACAUCGACCCUACAUAGAUCCUACAUCGACACUACGUCCACCUUUCCUUUCGACAAAGUUUAUUUGUAAUGAUAUUAAUCAUGAAUAGUAAAGCUACAUACCACCACCUGGAUAUGUCUUUUGUUUUCCCUCCACCACCAUAAUCACCACAUCAUUUCUACUGUUUUUCUUCUUCACCACCACCACCGUAACAUUUCUAUUGUUUUCCCUCCUCCUCCUCAUUUUUAUUGCUUUUCUACCAAACAGGUUAUUUAGAAAGUCAGAAAGGCCAAACGCAGGCUAAAAAUUCAGUUAAACGACAGUCAUAGGGUCGAUGUGGGAUCGAUGUGAGGUCAAUGUAGGGUCGAUAUGGGGUCCAUGUGGGGUCCAUGUAGAGUCGAUGAAGGGUCAAUUUAGGGUCAUUAAUGUGUAGGUGGAACAAAGAGGAAAACAAAACUGCGGUGGUGGUGGUGGUGGUGGUGGGAAAGCUAUAGAAAUGUGGAGAAGCAAAAAUGGGAGGAGAAAAAGUGAAAAAAGUUGUUUUUGGUGGUAGAAAGAGCCAGUUUGCUGUCGCCCUCAUUAAAUAUUCACGAUUUGCGCGCCAAGAAUGAGUGAACCGGAACGUUAACAACUGUUGACAAUGGGAGGGGUAGGGAAAUAGAACUUGCAUAACGACUAAGUCCUUUUAAGGCCCUGUUUACAAGGAGAGAGGGUUACCCUAGCAAGCGGGUUAAAGUUAUCACUGGUUUACGAGCAAACUUUACAGGUGGGGUUAACCUAUCACCCGAGUCAACUUUACCAGCUUUGCUUUGCUUUGCAUGGCGUGUUUCGCCAUGCGUGACAUUCUUUGUAACGGUCCAAGUUUUGAAAUAAUCUUGAAGUUCUGUAUGGAAAACGCGUUAAAUUCACGAAAAAAAGGGAAAAUAUUAUCAUCGUAGACAGAUGUUUAUAACUAAGCUCCGAAAUUGGACAAUACCGUUCAAAUUGGCACGAUUACUGAUCACGCGUGACGGCGGAAAGUUGACCCGGGUAGGCGAGUUAUCUCUAUUAGAGCGUAUACAAGGGCGGUAGGGUAACCCUAGCACUCUGGUAGGGUUACCCUAGCGCUAGGGUAACCCUACCUGCCUUUUAAGCACGUCGUGUGAAAAAAGAAGAAAUAUGUAAGUGCUUGGGUAACCCUAGCACCAAGGUUACCCUCCCUCCUUGUAAACAGGGCCUAAGUCACAGGCGAAUUUUCGCUUAUUCCUCCCAUAAAAGUUCAUAUGUGACCCUCCACAGGAUUUUAAUGUUAAAUAGAAGGCGAAAACAAGCUCACAAAACGUGUCCACUUUAAAACAAAAGAAUUUAUUUUAAAACGCUUUAGCACGCUUGCCAUCUUGUCUCAUUAGCAAUUUCUUUUGUGUCAGAGGACACGCUUGAGACAAUUAAGCGUGAGCAAGUCAAACAAAAGAGCGUUUUAAAGUUUAAAAAAAACAACUGCGUGCGAAAUAGCACAACACACUUUCAGCGUGCUCGAAAGCACACAAGGCGUGUUAUCUAAAGCUACAGUACUGCUCAAAAGUACUCAAAACUAGACUCUUGAGUUAAAAAAAACCAGGAUCGUGAUCAGUCGCGAUGGCGAAAGAGAUACUUGAUCUUGAAGUUUAUUUGUCGGGAAUAGUGGUCAAAAUGAUACUGUUGUCGAGCCAUCCUAUUAUAAACACAAAAUAUAUAACCUGGAUAAAGCUGAAUAGCUAAUAUAAUGAAUCUCCAAGUGUAUCAUUCAAAGCAAAACAUAAAAUGCCGACUUCCAAAAUGUGUUUUUAAAAUACAAGUUAGUUAGUUAACAUCAAAUUCAAUGAAACAAAUCUAAUUGCCUUUUAACAGAUAUAUCUCGGUUUUUUAUUGUAACAAAACGGUUUAAGUUUUGUUGACUAGCUAUCAGUUGCAUUUCAUUUCACUAAACGCACAAGCCAUUUAAUUUUUCUCAUCCUUUGCUGCUGUAAGUAAUCUAGCGUGUUUAGCGUGUGUAAAACUCAAAUCGCACGGUAAGAGUGUUCUAAAACGCACGCUUACCGUGACAUAUAGCACGCUACAUGAAACAAAAGAUUUGGCCUGCUAAGUUUUACAAAACAAAGCCAGGUGUUUCCUUCUUUGUUUUAGCAAUUUAAUAUGUUCACAUCCGUGAUCUAAGACACGCUAAGCGUGUUGUGCGUGGCUGGAGUGUGCUUUCGCCUUUAGCAUCAAAAUCCUGUGGAGGGUCACAUAUUCUUACUUCCUGUUCGGGUAAGCCUGGGCAGGUCCUUUGUUUCUUUUGUAUUAGAAGCACAAAAAGAGAAGAUAAUGAUAUUCCCCUGCAUUUUAUUCAAGGCAAAAGGUUAGGACCAAGAGAGGAUAAAGGGGACAGAGAAGGCAUCCUCCAUACACACCCUAUUCCAUAGGUAAUUCGUCUCGAGUUAUUUUUAGAAUCGGGAUUAAGUUACCUCUCGCGCUGCGUGGAGGUUUCGCAAGACUAAACGCCGUUCAAAGAUCGAGAGCAUUCCUGAAUAUUGAAGCGAAAUGAGUCGGCGCUCACCUGGGAAAAGGGAAUCGCUCCAUCUCUUCUUCCAAAGGACUCUUGUUCCGUUUAUUUGAUUUAUUUGGCGCCUUUUUGCUUGAUUUGGUGAUGAUCGAACUCGAGGGCGCAGGUUUAGGCUUCCCUGCUUUUUUCCUCCUCUUCGCUUCAUCUGCUGAACUAUCAUCGGAAUAAAAGCUUUCUACGUUUUCUUGUAUUUCAUUGGCACUCUCCGUUUCGGUUAUAGCUUCCUCCUCGCUUGCACUGACUUUUCAUCUUCUUCGCUAGAACUCUCAGCUUCGCUCGAAUCAACGUCGUAACAAUGCUUAGAAACAAGCCAGGAAGGGCGAUUUUUUUUUAAUUUCCGUUUCGCUGACACAGCUCUAGCAGGAAUCUCUCUGUAGUCGUUUUCGUCGAGAAAACGAAUAUCAAUAUCGCUCUCCGCGUCUUCCCCCAUUUUGGUCUGCGUCAAUUCGUGAAGGACGCGUGGCUCUGAUCGUGGGUCAUCCACGCGGAACACAUUCACGCUAUGAGAUUGGCUGUUGUCUAAUCCCCCUUGGGAUCUGUGGUCUUAAAAAUAACUCAAGACGAAUUACCUAUGGAAUAGGGUGUGUAUUGGGGGAUGCCUUCUCUGUCCCCUUUAUCCUCUCUUGGUAAUGACGUCAUCGGUUUUAAUGUCUUCCUGCGCAAAAAGCGGAAACUUCUGUCCCUACCACACUACUUAAGUGUCAAGUACUAAAAACACCACAUGCGGCCCACGCUCUGUAUGAGAGUUACAUGUAGUACAAUACUGCAAACCACAAACUGAAAGGCUGUCAACACAAAGGAUUUGUAUGGGUGAAGGACGAAUUCACGGAAAACAACGCUUUGCCUUUUUUACCUGGUUUGUUUGGUUUUUGUGUUGUUAUUUUCUCGACCCAAUGCGAUUUAGCGAUUUCCUAACACCUUUUGUUUCGAGUCUUAAAGAGCUCUUUAGCCAUUUUGGGAUUAGGCAAUAUUGCACCAUAUGUAACACUUAAAUAUAGAGCUUCAUUUAAAUUUGUAUUUCCGCAGUUCGUAUUAUCUUCAUUCUACGUCUCAUUCCUUCCACGGGUAAAGAUGAACGUGACAAAUUGGCUUGUUCCUAGUGUGUGGGUGUCAAUUUUUCCGGUUUAAUUUUCAUUUGCUUAAAUUGCUACUACAAUGCGACGGUCAUAUCAUAUAUCAUAUAUAUAUCAUAUGUACAAAGUCACGUCAUCUUCAUUUCAGUUGAAGUAAUAUCUAUUGUUACUUGAGUUAAUGUUACUGACAGGCUGGUUUAAAGAUCGAGAGUCAGACAGAUUUUUUCUUCAUCUUUUAUUUGACAUCCUUAGACCUAGAUGAGUGUGCAGUGAACAAUGGCGGCUGUCAGCAUGUGUGCCUCAACAGUCCCGGCGGCAGUUACCAUUGCUUGUGUAAUCGUGGUUUUACGCUUCACAGUGAUAGAAAAAAAUGCCGGGGUAAGCUGCACGAAUAAAAGCAAUGAGUUUUAACUGUAACAGAUUAGCAUUACGUAGUAAUUUUUGUCUCUCUUCUGCGCAGCCUCGGAAGGCGACUAUGCAUUCUGUGCUGCUGGAUGGCGUCAAGACAUUUUAUGGAGUCACACUGUGGCUAGUAGCACUGAUAUCAAGCCCUGUCCUCAGGACCACUUGACAGGUCAGUACUUAUCAACUACAACAAAGCAACGAAGAACAAAGUAGAAAGCGUUUUAGUUAUACAUGCUAUUAGAAGUAAUUUGUGUAUAACAAAGCGUAAUAGCCUGGUUUCGAAUUCUUUGUGUGUGAAUUCUUUAUGUUAAAGUGUCAAGUCAAACGGCGAAAAGAAGGUGUCAUUACCAUCUUCUGUGUUUCGAAAUAAUUUCUAAGAUCGGCUCGACUUUAAGCUAUUCGAUUUUCUGGGCUAUUGCCCGAAAAGGGCGUUUUAGUCUGCUGUAAACAUUUUUUUAUGUCUGCUGUCAGCAUUUGAAGCUAAAGACAUUGUGAUUGUGGGCCUUCUGUAGACUGAAACAGCUAACAAGAAGCGAUUUCGUCGUUUCCGUGUCACAAGGGGACCAGUUACUUAUUGGCUUAGAUCACCGGGUUUAUCUUUUUCAUAAGGUGCUGACACUGCAAGCGCAUAGGAGAAGGCGCACGAUACAAACCAUCGAAGCUGAUUAUAGCUUCAAAAUUCUUAACCAGGUGAGGCAAGAAGGACAUGUUACAACGGACGUGACAAGGGAGUAUGGGGAGUGCCAGAUCUUACGCGUUGCAUCACUAAAGCAAUGAAUGAACUUCAACAAAAGGCAAGUUUCUAUAAAAUAUCUUACAAUGACAGUGCAUAAGGUUAAUGAUUAUCGCCAUUGUUCAAAUAGAGACUAGAAACUGAGAUUUGACAUUCGCUGCUGCAAUCAUCCGCCUAACAACUUUCCAUAGUCCUUAUACAUCCAACAAGAAGUUAAGAGUCAUGUGCACUGUAAAACAAACUGAAAGCAGGUACUAUUUAACAAAUUCAUAGGUUUUUAUUUCUGAUAUUCAUUCUGCUCCUUUCCUGGGUAGCUUUCACGGUUGCUGAACGAAGACGUAAAGUUUACAGACCUCCUCGAAGUCAGUAAAGAAUUACGUAAUAUCUUGGAUCCACGAGUUGACAAGAUUUAUGCCGGAGAUAUCUAUGCUACGAUAGAUAUUAUGGCUAUUCUGACUCAACAAACUAACGGCACAAUGCAGAACGUUACCAAGGAUGAAUUAACUUGCUUUCUAGAGGUAAGAAUUCUUAUGAAUUCUUAUGAUUUCUCAGUUUAUUUACUUUGUCCACCGGAGUCUAAAGUCAAACCUAUUUUGUUAAAUGGAUUAGGCCGCUUUAACAGAGAUAGCAAUAGACCUUUCCACGUUUUUUUUUUCUUUUCAAGUUUUGAUAAAGGUCAAUGAACGAAUAUCCAUUUACACUGCUGAAAAGAGCGCCUUAAAAUUAGGAAACUUACCAAGUGUUUACUUAAGUUUAAAGGUACACAAAGUCGCGAAAUUUUACAGACGUUUAUAUGGUGGGGGACACGAACUUGCCCCCCUUCUGUUCGCUUACUGACCAGUCCCAGUCAGAAGUUGAAGAAAAAAAUGUGGAAGGGUCUAUAUUUUUUUUUAGAAAACAGCUUUUAUAAGAGCGUGUAUUUUUUGGGCAGGUUAUGAGUGGUGCGGUUGACAAUUUGUUGCAUACUGAAAAUAGGCAAGCCUGGAACGGUAUGGAAAAGGUAAAGUGGUCCUCUUUUAAAAGUCCUUGCUUAUAUGUGAAGGUAAUCAGCAAUUAUGAAAUUAGGCUUUAGAAGUGUGAUAUAAAGAAUAAUGCAGAUCAAAAUGUCAUACCUCCGGCCUCAGCGGAUAACACCCCGGCUCCGAGAUGUUCGGGCUAAUAUUAAUUCUUUUUAGCAUAUACUAAAACAGUUGAUAGUGUUGAUAGUCGCGCGCUCUGAUUGGCUACUCAAUCAGUGAUUAUCCUGCACUAUCCACUGAUUCACCUCCAGUUCCUCCGAGCGAGCGACGCCAAACUCGCGUAAGUUGCGAGCAAAAUGCCUUUCACAACUGAAAAAAAAGAAGAAGAAGAAGAAAAAGUUUUUUGUUUACUAAUGCAAAUUAAGCUUAAGUCUUGCGUUACUUUAUUUGGUUGACUUUUUCAUAAAUAAGCAUAAUACUAAAUUUCAUAAUCUUUUUUUACAGAAUGAUUUUAAAUACAAAAAGAAUUCACAACUCCUUUCGAAGAAAUUUUCCCGCAAGAGCUACACAAAUGUCUUCAAAAGUUUUAUUUGUCGGCAAGAAAAAGCGACGGCCGUGGCCGUUCGGUCAUUAGGCGCCAAAAAUGUAAUCGUUGGCAACAGUAUUUGAGUGAAAAAUCAUCAUUUUUGUGCUAAAUUAUCUCACCGUUUUAGUAUAUACUGAAACAAUUAUUCACCUCAGUGUCGGUGGCUAGUGGUGUAUAUCUACCCCGCUGCUUCGCAGCUCAGUAAAUUACCACGACUAGCCACCUCCACUUCGGUGAAUAAUUGUUAUAUAUCAUACGGAGGUCAAAUCCAAUAAUUAUUUUUAUUAUUGAUUCAAAAUAUUACUAAAACAUGCUUUAUUGUGUGUAAAAUUACCUUAUUAAAACAUCUGCCUGUUCCAUGGCAGUUUCAGGUGAGUCGUUUUUUAUUCUAGCAAAUAUCCAUUAUCAGUGGUAUUUCUGUUUGGUAUAUACUAAAACAGUGGAUAGUGUUUUUCGCGCGCUCUGAUUGGUUACUCAAUCAGUGAAUAUCCUGCGCUAUUCAUUGAUUCACCUCCAGUUCCUCCGAGCGAGCGAUUCUAAACUCGCGUAAGUUGCGAGCAAAAUGCCUUCCCGGUCUGCUGCCGUAACAAAAAAAGAAAUUUCACAACUAAUCAAGCAAGCUGUUCCCGAAAUACACGAAGAAGGUGACGAAGUUCGGUUUGGACGUUUUAACAGGUAAAGUCUUGUCUUUUUGACUUGAAUUUAUCGAUAAAACCGGUGAAAAAGUUCUUUGUUUACAAAUGCAAAUUAAGCUUAAGUCUUGCGUUACCUUAUUUAGUUGACUUGUUCAUAAAUAAGCGUAAAACUAAAUUUAAUAAUCUUUUUUACAGAAUGAUUUUAAAUACAAAAAGAAUUCACAACUCCUUUUGAAGAAAUUUCCCCGCAAGAGCUAAACAAAUGUCUUCGAAAAUUUAUUUGUCGGCAAGAAAAAGCCACGACCGCGGUCGUUCGGUCAUCGCGCGCCAAAAUUGUAAUCGUUGGCAGUAGUAAAUGAGUUAAAACUCAUCAUUUUUGUGCUUAGUUAUCUCACUGUUUUAGUAUAUACUAAAACAAUUAUUCACCUCAGAGUCGGUGGCUAGUGGUGGAUAUUUACCUCGACGGUAACGCGGCCUCGGUAAACUACCACCACUAGCCACCUCCACUUCGGUGAAUAACGGUUAUCUAUUCUUGCUGUAUGACAACUAGUCCAGUCAAUGUAGGCAUUUUUUUAGGCUCAACAUCAAACUAAUUGCAACAGAAUUGUCUUCAACGCCAUUAAAGUGAGGGUGGCCUAUCUAUCAGACAAAAUCCGUUAGGUAAAACAUUUCGAAAUAAAGUUUUAAACAUUUUGAGCUUUUAACACAGGACACGCACGUGAGAUGAAAUUAUACGUUCAAACGAAAAAUGCCAAAAUGUGUUCGCUACUUUUACGGAAAACUUAAAUAACUCGGUUAAUAAGAUGUUUAUUAUAUGGCCAAACAAGAAAGCAAAGGAACAAAAACAUAAAUAAUUUUAUUUUCUUCCGUGCGCAGGCUCAAGCAUUUAGCUGGCUUUCUUCUGUCACUGGUCUCCAGUCCAAACGGGACCAAAAUAAUUGUUCAAAGUCCAGCUUUCUACAAACUUCGUCAAUGAAUGAAGACAAAAGUUUUCAUACAGGCUCAAUGAAAAAGCUUGUGGUUGACACAACAAUUUAUGAAAAGUGAACAAAAAUGCAACUGCAAUGUAAGUAAUGCCGGUUUGUGCCUCGAUCGCUCGGCGAUCAGUUCUCAUUCAGCCUUGCGAUCUUCGACUGAUCACAACAGAAAACGCUGAUGUUAAAUGUGCAGCCUUCGAACUUGUCAAUAUGCGCUCCGGCAAACAUUGCCUGAGGCUGGAUUUGUUGGACUGUGAAGACAUUUUGCUGUGUUGUAAUGGAGGUACUGACUUGGUUUUCUUCGGACUGAGCGGAUGUACCUGGCUCACGAUUCAGGGUAACAGACAUUUCUCUCUGUCGAGGCUUUUCAAAUUUUUGUGACCGCUUUUAGCUGUGCAACGAAGUUUGGCUGAACGUCUGCUUCGAGAAGUCGUCCAACACUGGUCUUUCUAACGGAGAGAUUAGAAACCUUGUUCUUGUUUGUGUCAUCGAGUUUGGCUGCAGCAAACGCGUCUUUGUACUCGGCUCCAUCGUACUCAGUGUCAUUUUGUUAACGAACGGAGAUGAAAAAUUUGGACAAAAGAAGGUCGAGCUCAUUGGCAGGUAUGUUUUCAAUUGCUCUGGACUCUUUCAGUGAUUCACAAAAUUUCUUCCAUGCGUUAAAAUCGCUCUUAGUCUUGUAUUUAGUGUUUUUUGAUUUCUGCUCCUGCAAAAAUUUCUCAAUUUCGACUUCAUCUUUGCUCGUAGCUUCCUCGGCAAGACUCAAAUUUGCCAACGUUUGCUCGUUUUUCUUUACCUGCUUCCUCGUGAAGGUCGAUUGAUUCUUCCAUUUAGUAUUAUUAACAGGAACAAGCCAAUUUUUUCAUAUUAUUUGUUUGUAACUUUGAGGACAACUGCUACAACAAGAUCGGUCUAGAUGGUGGUCUAGAUGGGAAAGGCUAGACCGCGGUCAAGAUCGAUUUUAGCUAAUCAAAUUCUUAAAUUUGUUUGUUUCCAGUCCUUUGAAACACGGCCAUAUAAUAACAUCUUAUACCUAGUUUUCGGUGAUAAAAAAGAAGUGUUUAUUUUUGGAAGCCAUUCUCCUUUGAAGGAACCCCAAAACAACGGGGCUUACAAAGUAACAGAGUGAACUGUUAGCUUUAAAUCACUACAAAUUUAGUCGUAAGGCAUUAAGGGUGAAAAACGAAAGCCGUUACCUAAUAAUUAGCAAUGAUCCAGGUGUUUCUCACACAUUUAGUCGGCAUUUUUAAAACAAAACUAGCCAAAAUAUAUAGCGAUGUUGCAUCUAGGGUUCUUAAAAAAACUCACAAUGAUCACACCUUUUGUCUAAAUUGAUGAUUUUUCCUGAAAUUGGGUCUCUUGUGUAGAAAGUUGGAAAUCGUUAUUGCCAAUUAUUUUCAUGUUCCACCGAACGGAUUUUGGCGGUUUUUUAGUGUGUUGUCAAGUAGCCAUCCAACAAUUAAAUGGGGCUGAAAAACACAGUUGUCAAUGUUGCUAUUAGUUUGAUGUUAAAUUACAAGGUGACUGGACUAAACCAUAUUGAUGAAAACAUUUUCUUCUUAAAUUUAUUGUUGUAGAUCGCAAUCAAGGCCACAGAAAUGAUGAAAGCUUUAGAGGGUACUACCGAAGCAGUUGCACACCAGCAGCUUCGUGACAUGCUUAAUAACGCAAUUACUGACCCGGACAAGUUUCACAACCUUAGUCUAAAAGCCAAAUACCCCAAUGUUGGUAAUGACAUCUAAUAACCGCAUUUAAUUGAACUUAACGCAGUUAAGAAUGAGGUCGUGGUACUUUUUUGUAAAAGAACCACAUAUCAGGCCUGGUCCACACAAAUCCUGGCAGGCUGUUAGCUACUCUUAAAUGAAUUGCAAGACUGAUAUCCAGUUUCAAUCGUUGAUACGAACUGGCAAAUCCGUUGGCGAUUAAAAGAACAGAGCGCUGGAGAGCGGUUUCAAAGAGGUACAGUUUCGGUGAGCAGAUUGCCUCAGGUUUUGUGCGGAGAGGAAGGCCGAUUCUAGACCUCGUAGAGGAGCUUGCUCUGUGAGUUAUCCAGGCCUCUUAAAUAAGUUUGUAAAUUAAUAAAUUAAAAAAAACAACGAUGCGGUUUUAAAAAAUCUGGAUUCGUGUUGACGGGGCAUUGUGCUCAUUAGAGCAAUAUUGGAUGCUCUCACUGAGAUUGACAAGCUGCCAUUUUGAGCGCAAGUCCUUGGACAGAGUUUAUAUGCUGACGUCAAGUUGACACGUGCUGACACCCUGAUAACACGAUAACACACUUAAUGGUUGAGAACUGGCUGACACUGACAGGAUGACAGGCUGACACGAUGACGUGACCAUAUGCUCAUAGGAAGGUGACAUGCACACGGAUCCGGACUGACAUGCUUACACGGUCUCACACGCUAACAUCCUCACAAGGUAGAAGGCUAACAGGCUUACAUGCUCAGAUGCUAACAGGGUGACAUUCUGACAAGCUUAUAUGCUUGCAGCGGGAUGACAUCCUGAUAGGCCGCUCCAAUUAAAACAACAUUUACUGCUCAAGGAUUAUAACCUUGCUGUUUUCUUUCACUCUUUUUUGAAUGAAACAGAAAUAUCAAUUGAUGUUGUUGAGAUGAUUGAGUUCAAGGGCCUUGUACGUUUCCUGAUCACUAACGUAACGAAGGAGGGCGAAAAUAAGACGCUCUUUCUUAAUGAAAUUGGUUUUCCACCGACGUUGUUUAAAGACGCCCUGAGCGAUAAGUUAGCCUCAGGUGGGUCAAAAGAAAAUUUACUUAUUUUUUCCGGUUUGCAUGAGGUGCCUUUCAAAAUAAAGGUGUUUAUACGAUACUUGAUAAAACGUAUGUCAGUAGUAAAAAAAGGAAACCAGUACAAUAAGGACAAAGAAAAGCUAAACGUACGGUUUAAUGUUACUUUAACUCCGAUAGACUAAGAUGAUGUAAUUUCAGUCAUUAUCUAGCGCGUGAAUUAUUGUGGCUUCUUUAUUGCGUUACAGGGUUCUAUUCUAGCCUUGGUUGUUUUAAUGAUAACGAUCAAGACCGAGCAGUGCCCACCAUGGAAGGAACACAUCAGUUGCUAAAAGGUAGCUUUCUCACACGUAAGAAUGCUGUGGAAAAGUGUGCAGAAGUGACUAGGAGUCGCGGCUGGAAGGUCUUUGCUGUCCAAGAUGGCGGUUGGUGUGCGUCCAGUCCUACAGCGCAUCUCACAUACAACAGAUAUGGGCCAGCGGAAAAUUGUGUCAAUGGAAAGGGAGGCACUUUCGCGAACGAUGUUUACAUCAUUAACGGUAAGAUAUUGAAUGAAUAAAUUUUAAAUAUUUUUUGUUUUGUGAAGCCUUGUAAACGAAAACAAGUAGUUAAAAAUUAUUGGUUAAAAAUAAUAUAAUUUUUUAAUUUAUUCCUUUCACUUUCAUAGCAUACUACACAUGUGUGUGCUCAAUAUUCUAUAAACAUCUGGAUAAUUUACUUACAUCUGAUCCACUACUAGAAAUAAGGUAAGAAAAAAAUGUUGUCAAGUUCCAUUAACUUCAUAAAUAACGAUAGCUGUCCUAAUAUCCGCCGUCUAAGUCUACCAAGGCCUCAUCUAGUGUCUGGCGGCCGGUGAAAACAUUUAGCGAAGAGUAUUUCGUGUGGUUACAACAAUUUUUUAAAAAUGUUUGCAUGAGUUGUCUCAGAUAAUGAACUAACCGACACAGGAUUCAAUAAAAAUAUCCCGUUUUUGGUCGACUUUUUCAGAUCCCUGGAAGGAAUGGGAGCGCAGGAGCCUUAUAACGAAUCUCAGCUUAACUCCAUCAUUAUAUCAGGAAAAAUUGUCACAGAGGAAGCAAAGUUUUAUCAGUCCUUGCAAGAUCCGAUAGUAUUGGUGUUUGAACGAUUGGUAAGUUUUUGAAAUAAGCUUUUCAUUUUGAUCUUUCUGCCAAACUUAACUAUCAGACCAAGAGUAUUUGUUUUACAAUUAUAAUUGCUCUGUUGCCAAUCCGAGGAACUAUCACUCCGUAUUUCUUGGUGACUCAGUCGAGAUGAGAAAAACGACUCCUCGAAAGUUUUCACCAAUCAAGUUGAGUCAAAUAAAUAAUGAUGUCAUAAUGUUAGCCUGUGAACAGGCUCACUGUUUGGGGAAGAGGUGAAAAAAAAACUCGAGGAGAGGGAGGGAAAGGGUGAGAGCCUGUAUCCUUUCCCUCUCCUCGCGAUUUUUUCACCCUUUUCCCGAACAGAGAGCCUGUUCACAAGCCACCAUAAUGGAUGACGUUGGCUAAAUCUUUCGAUUUCCUACUUAAUUUUUAUCUACCAAACAUGAUAUCCUAUUAGCUUAGCCCAGAACGAUUGUAAAAGCAACAUUCCUGCUAAAAGAAAGAUCAUUACAACUAAAUAAAAACUUUCAUCAAUACUCACCUAAACCUCAGAUUACCCCCCUGCCCCGACAACAAUUUGCGACUGCGUCAAGUAUUAGAUGGUCUUUCUUGCGGAUCUGUCGAAGACUCCUAUCCAUCUGCGUUCGUCUCAGUGCAAAACCCUGUCGAGUCCUGCCAGUAUAAAACGUAUAACAUUCGUCACAAUUGAACAUCCUUAACGCUUCUGGAAAUGUCAUAAACUUAACAAGUCACUGUUUUUAAUCAGAUUUUUAAGGUCAGGACUGUGGCCAGAGAGCCGAGGAAAGAUCAGCAAUCAUCGAAGGCGCGAGGCGCUAAAGUGGUCUCUGUUGGGGAAUAGCAACCAUGGGGGUUUUCAGCAUUUUUCAUUUUCACUAGAAAAAUCAAUCUUUUUUAACUCGGCAUUAUUUUGGUGCCUCCUGCUAACUAAAGCCCUAAAGGUGUGUGGAGGUCGAAUGAUCUCUUCCCACUCUGACGAUGUCGCAGCCUCACUGUCUGGAGGAACAACAAUGGCCUUUACGAUUGUUUUCGUCUUCAGUUUAACGAUAGAUUCUUACUAGGUUGAUAUUAUUCCCUCCAUCGUUCAAUCUUUUUUCAACCAAGAGAACAUUGACUGAUGUGGCGCGAUGUUUGCUUUGCUUUUCCAGGAUGCUAAUAGUAGCAUGCCAGUUAUUUGUGGCUUUCUUAACAUGGAAUCAGAGUAAGUAAAUACAAAUCAUUAUGAUAGUACAUUCAUAAGGAUCUUCUAUCCGUCUAUUAAGUUUUCACAAUGACACUUUGUGUUUCCUCUAGUGAUCCUGACGAUCGCUGGUUUGAUAGCGGAUGUUUUGUUUACGAAGCCAACAAGACCCACACCACAUGCCACUGCUCUCAUCUCACCAAUUUUGCACUUCUUUUCGACUUACACGGCUCUCCGGUAUGACAUUAGUUUGUAACUAUGUUAUUUCUCACCCUCCCCCUCCCCUCGGGACUUCGAUGCUUAAGGUGAAAGCGCGUCUAUAACGCGUUUUCGCUUUAGAACAAUUUAUUCUUUGAAAAGACGUUUCUCUUUUGUUACGAAAUCGAUAAUGCUUCAAGGUAUGGCCUGAUUCUUUUCUACCCAAGAAACCACAUUCUUUCGGCUAUAUCUACAUAUCAGACUAGUUUUUAGCACUUUCAAAGUCAAUAAUUUGUUCGGCGUGAGCAUUGCUUUUUUCCCAAAGGGCUUCACACUGAUGAAACAAGACGGCAUUUCUCCAAACGUGUGCACGAGCGCUUAAUUAAGGACGAAUCUUCUCAUGCAUUAAGGUCUAUUCUUGUCGAACAUCAAUAAAAAAACGUUUUCGUCAAGGGCAAAUACUAAAUUUACUACUUUUUUACAGGACAUCGUUGAAGUUCAUGACAUAACUCUUUCCAUAAUAACUUACGUUGGAUGUGGUUUGUCAGCCGCUUGCUGUUUUCUUGCCGUAUUUAUCUUCAGUAUCUUACAGUAAGCAAAUUCCCUUUUUUGAUCUAUCUAAAUAUUAAAAAUUGGCCACCCUGUUACUGAUAUCUACAAAAUUUCUGUUUCCAGUCUCAAGGGAGAUCACAUUCAUGUACACAAAAAUCUGGCCUUUAACAUGGGUGCGGUUACACUGAUUUUUCUUUUUGGAGCCGAUCAGACUGAUAACAAGGUAACGUCAAAAUUUUGUCUUUUGAACCAAACCUUAAUCGUCGAAGUGUUUGGAUAUGUUUGAUUCUUGCUAAGUGAUGAUUUAAGUUACCAUAUUAAUCUUUUUAGUGGCUGUGCAAGGCAACAGGGAUUGCUUUACACUUCUUCCUGACUGCUAUGUUCUCCUGGAUGCUAGUAGAAGGGUGGCAUCUGUAUUUGUCUCUAAUCAAAGUUUUAACCGCUGAAAAGAAGAGUUUACUCAAGAGAUACUACAUUUUAGGAUAUGGUAGGCUUACUUAGUAGUUAGCUGCUGUUGUUUCAUGAUUCUUCAUUUUUUUUCUAUAUGAGUUAUAGUGAUCCUGGCGCACUUUGAUCAAUUUAUGCAAAGUAAUGGUACUUUAGAUAUGUGUCUUGAUUGCCAAGCAUGCGUCCAGUAAAUACAAAGGUCAGAGUUCGAGUCUUGCUCAAACCUGAUCAUUUUGUCAGAUUUUCUGUUCAACUGCAUCGUUUGUUGAGUGGUCCCAAGGAGAGCUCCUUUGGACAGUACAUUGAGUAGCAAAAUCACUAGUUGUCACAAAGAACGGAAAAUCCCCUGGGCACUUACUGUCACAAAAUCAAUUCCCAUUUGAAUUUCUUGCAAGCUUCGGUUGAUCAGAAAUGUUUUUAUGGCCAAUCAGAAGCAGAGGAUUCAAAAAAGUUCCUGAAACUGUUCUGUAAGACAAGUGUUCAGUGGCACUCUUCUCAUUCCUUUCGCUCGAUUUUUUUUUCGUUUCCAAUUAGCUACCCCAGCCCAAGGUUUCCCAGGCGGAGGCAUUUGCAUGAAUAGCUGAAUAUGCCCUGUUUUUAUUCGCAAUAAACAUGUCAAGGCUAAAAGGCAAAUAACCGCGUUUACUUUUCGGUUUAUUUCAGGUUUACCUACCGGUAUAACUGCCUUGUCAGUAGCUAUUUUUUGGGACAAUUAUGGUAUAGGAAAUAUGUGAGUAGUAUGAACACUUUUGAUAUUUCACGGUCGGAUUUUUAUCCCUUAUCCACAUUUUAGCGUACCUCUAUAAUUUUCUGUAAAAUAAUCAAGUAAACAGUUGAGAAUGAACACUGAUACUUAAAUUUUUUGGCUCUUUUAAUCUUUACCAAAUACCAAGUAUCUAAAAAAACAAAAUCACAGAACACAGUGCCGGCAGCGACAGGUGAUUUGUGAGAUGAUUAAUGUUGUCUUUUUUUUGUAGAUGCUGGAUGACAGAAAUCGUCCUGGUUUCCCUCUUGUUACCUCCAGUUGUGGUAGUUAUUUUGGUACGUUGAUUUUCUAUAAUAGUAAUAAUCAAUAAUAAACAAACAUAUACAACAUAUAAAAUAUAUACAGUAAAACGCCGCGAAGAAGAACCUAGAUUUUUUUGAAGUUUGGCAAAAUAGAUUCUUAUAGUUUGGAUUACUUAUUUGAAGUGCAGGCUAAAUAGGUUCUUAAUCAGGUUCUUAAUUUUUAUGAAAAAGGAUACUGUUGUUGGUUACAAGAAAUUGCUAUAAAUGUUAUUUGUCCUUCAUAAUAGGCAUUUAUUUACCAAAAAUCUACAAAACUAGGUUAACAGCUAGAAGAUAUGCAGUUUUCAACAAUAUAACGUAAUACAAAUUCCCCAUAUUAAAGCCAGACUUUUGGUCAAAAUGUUCAUGAAAAUGUAUAUAUGUAUAUAAGAACCUGUUGAUUUUUCUUGGUGAAACUGGUUCUUAUAUUUUGGAGCAUUAAAAUGACACUUUCUGCCAGCAGGUUCUUUAAUCCUAGGUUCUUCUUCGCGGCGUUUUACUGUAAAUGUUAAAACAUGUAAUCACAGGACUGUACCUGUCUGUCCUAUAUGAGCUAAGGCUCGUGGCGGAAGGUCUCUAAACUUCAUCUGGCUGAAUAUUUUAAAAAAUACACAAGCUCUCGGCUUCAGUGGUCUGAUAUGCUUUGAUCGUCGCGCAUUUUUACAUUUUAGAAUUGAAGCCGAACGCCUACGUUCUUAAUUAUUCAAACCAGAAAACUUUUUCAUCGUAGAUUAACUUGUAUAGUGUGAGCUCCUCCAUUUUGUUGCUUUUUAAGCUUUAAACUUGUUAUCCAUAUGGUUAAAAUUAAUGAAAUUACUUAAAUUAUAGGGUUUGAAAAAUUACUUAAUGAGGCCAUAGGGACACUGAUUUCCUUUUGUAACAUAAUUCUUAAGAGAAAGUGACUUACAUACACCAACUCACGCCCUAGCCGGUACCUAACAGAUGGCUUGCGUACAAUCACAUCACCCGGGCAGUGGAAACCCUAAACAGUGGAUUUGUUCUUUUUGAGACUCUAAGCGUGUCGUAGACGUGCUAUUAGGUUUUUUUUCUUUUUUCGUCUUCUGUUUUAGACAAAUAUAAUCAUUCUCGGAAUGGUUAUCGGCGUGCUGAUAUCUCCUACAACAGAGAGGCGUCAGAAGUACGCUAGUGACCAAGCAUUUAUUUCCAAUAUCAGGUAAGGCAUUUCAAGAAUCAGGCGGGACAAUCAUCGUUUCUCAUUUUAUUGGUAGGUCGAUCUCAAUUCUGUAGUAACACUUAUGUAGUGACAAUUUUUCCCCCGUUAUUACUACUAUUACCCUUUGAUUCCGGUCCCUCAACCACGUUUGACCAUAUAUAUACAUUUCGGGCAGAGAUCUCCCCCUAUAAAUAAAUAAAAUUCUUACGGGGGCCAAAUCGACAAAUGACUGAAUCUUUUCAGAAAAACUUUGUCAUUUAUUUGACAAAAAAUCCAUUUCCUGUGUGCAUGUUCAGUUAUAGAUCACAAAUGACCUCAAAUUGUGGUAAAGGUGGGGGCGAACCUCCCCUCAAAAUUAUUAUUUAGGCUUCAUUUGCAAAUCUCUUACAUGUCUUCAUUUCUCCACGAAACUUGCCAGAUAGACUUCGGUUGUUGAACCGGUAUUUUUAAUUUUUUGUUUACUGCAAAAUGUCAAAUAAUGACGUCACAAUGGCUGCCGUCCCUAAAACGAGUUAAAUGAAUUAUUUAAUUUCAAUAUCGAACUUAUGUCAUCUGAAAGAUAAUUAGAAGGUUAGUAAAACGCUGAAAACUGUUUCAAGUUACGACACGUAUGACUUUAAAGGUAUUUUAGUGAAUCCCCGGAACAAUACUUUUCCUUUUCUUUACAUUUUUUGGCUUAGUAAGCUGAUUUUCUGGUAACAUAAGCCUUUCAUAAUUGCCCAAAGUCGUAUCAUUUAAAAACGCUGAUCACUUGACAUUGUAGACGUCACUAAACUGUUUUCUUGGUUUUUGCACAGGUGGAAAUUUCCUUUUUCCAAAUUUUCUUUUUCCUCUAAGUUUCGACAAUAAACAGUCAUGUGUUAUGUUUAUCUUAAAUAGAAAUGGUGACAAGACAAUGAAACGCUUGAAUUUAGACUUAUUUUUCAUGGGGGUACCCCUUGUCCGUGGUACGAAUUUAUCCAACUUCAAAAAGUCAUAUCUCAGCUCAUAUUUGAAAUAUUGGAAAAACGUUUUCUGCAUUCAACUUCCCUUGAAUAGUUCUUUCCUAAUUGUUAUGAAAAAUUGGGAGAUUCAGAAAAAAAAAUUAGAAAAUAAAAUUUACCUAUGAAUGACGUCAGCAAAUGUGACGUCAUGAAAGAGCUUGCAGCCAACAAAGUUACAAAAUAUGUCACUGGUGUUCUUACCACGUUUUUAGAGUGCCUUUAAUUUUUUUUAUAACUUUUUUAAGUAAAAAUUUAUUUGGCACACCCGUUCCGCUGAUCUCGAUUUCAUGCAUGCUUAUCUGUUUCUUUUAAAGUCGUCAGUUUUGUUGCAUUGCAUUGCGACUCAUCUUACUGGCAGGUUUUACCUUUUAGUUUUACUAGCUUUUCUGGACACAGACCUGCCCAGAGGGAAUAGGCACGAACGGGACUCAUAGGUCUCAUGCAAGGUGCCAUCCCUACCCAAUCCCACAACCCGUAAAGGCUGGCCACAUCACCGGGGCCUGCGUCCCCUACUCUUUUCGAACAGUGGUGUGGGUUCUUUUACGUCCCACAUGAACAGAUCGGUGAGAGUGCUGUCAGACGGGACUUACGGUUUUUCGUCCUUAUCCGAGAAGACUAGAAAGUCUAACCAUUUGCAGAUGUCGUUACAAAGGCAGCACUUUCUUCUCGGUUAUUUAAAGACCCAGAGUGUUGGUCCGGCCGGGGUUUGAACCCGCGACCUCCCGCUCGACAGACCGGCGCUCUCCCAACUGAGCUAACCAGACGGCGGUUACCAGCAGGUCAGCAGUUUUUCAGCAGCAGUUUCAGUUUGUGAAAUUGGAAGAAAUAUUUCUAGAACUCCACACUUAACUAUUUGUAUCUAAAGUCAACAUUUCCUUAAUUUGUGUCAUAGUUCUUUCAUCUACGUCACAGCUCUUUUGUUCCCGCGACGCUUUCGAGAGAAGACUUAGAAUGGACUGCCAAAAUGGUAGCAAAUUUGAAAGUUAUUUGGAAAAAAUCGCGUUGUGUUCAAAUGCAAAAUUUUCCGGAGACGUUCUGGUAGUAAUUUGUACUUUCAAUUUAAAAAAACUAAAUAAAGCUACAGUUCAGUCACUAAAAUAAACUAAAAUACACUUUCCUUAGGUUCUUAGGGAAUGUACGCCAAAGAAUACUUGGUGGCUGAUUCCCUUAUUUUCUUUAUGUAUUGUAUUGUUUCACUCUGCUUUAGAAUGGCACUAAAAGGAUGCCUAAUACUCCUACCAUUACUUGGAGUCACUUGGUUAUUGGGAUUUCUGCAAGCGAAUCUUUCUUCAUUGGUAAUGUCGUACGCUUUUGUUCUCCUCAACUCUUCUCAGGUAAAGUUCAGCGUUCAUUAUUUUUGUUACAUCAAAAUUUUGUCAGGAAGAUUUUUUUCCAUUUGUUGAUUACUGAGUGCAUCGGUAUCACUGAACACCAGACGCGCCUUAAAUCACCUGGAAGGGAAAAUCGUUUACUAUGGCUUACUCUACGGUCCAAACUAACAAUGCGUUAACGCUGGUGUAAGGGAGGAACUUUUGUUUCGCAUUUGUUCACAAAAAAUCCGAGGUUUUCCAGGAGUAGAUGUAAAAGAGCCAUAGUCACUUUAUUCUUUUGAUUAAAAUACAAUAUAAAAAAUGAAAUAACAUUUCCCUUUGUUUGUUGUCCGAUGAUGAUUUUUAUACUUAAUUGCUGUUUUUUCAGGCACUGAUUUGUGUUUUAUUCAUUUGCAGGGCGUAUUUUUCUUUGUCUCCAAUAUCGUUCUGAAUCAGGAGGUAACUAGAACUGUCCUUGUGGAGUGUACCACAUUCUUAUUCUUUUGCCUAUGGCCGGUCAUCAUGUCUUUCCGUUCUAAUGUCUUUCACGUUUUACGGCCCCUUAUUCCCAGUUGCCGCCCUUUUCUCAGUUGCCAUCCUUUAUAUGUACCAUUUGUCUGUUCUCGGUGUGCGUUCAACCUUGCACCAACGACAUUCUCGAUUUUCGUUUAUUCGUCUUCCUUAUUUCUCAUUAUGCUUUAUAUUAGAUCUUUUCCCAGUUUUCCCUCAAUUAAUCACCCCUUUCGCCAAAACUUUCAACUCCAUUCCCUAAUUCUUUUCUCACUUACAUUCUCAACUUGUUAUUCCUACCUAUUCUUACAUUUCCUUUAGCUAUCUGUCAUUAUUCUGUUCUGGUCUUUUCUCGUUAUGUUUUAAUUCUGGUCAGGUUUAAAUUAUUUAUUAAUUCUUAUGGUUUAUGGUUUGCACAUCACAUUUGUCACUGUCUUGUCGUCUUUUUUUAUUUUUUAUUUUCUUAGUGUCUUAACUGUACUUACCAAAAAGUUACUUAAUCUUUUCUCACUAUCUGUUUAUUCUCCGUCUGUUCGCUUUACUAGUUUGAAAAUGUUUGAUUCCUACAUUUUCUCAUGGGCCGCUUCGUUUUUGUCUCCUAUAUUUCUAGUGCUCUCGUUAUCACGUACAUCAAUACUCGAGUGAAAAAAGGCUUUUGGUAAACAAGACACCUUAAAAUUAUCGUUUUGGAAUAUGCCGAUCAUUACUAGUUGUUUUGCGAUGAGAAUAUGCAUUGAAAGGGUUACCUCUUUGCUGUUGUUAGCUUUCUUUCUCUACUCCUUUGAUCUCUACGAUCUAUCAUUACUUCUUAUCCAUUGUCUGUUCUUUUUGUCUUUCCUUUCUUCUUUUCUGUCAUCUCUAAUUGUUACGAUCUUUCCCAUACUGUUAUGUCUGUCUUUCGUCUGUUUAUGCUGUAUAUCAACUCCCUGUUCCAUGUCUUCCCCUUGUUUUAAACCUAUCAAUUCCUUAUACUAUUAUGCCUGCCUCUUUUCUUGUUGUACACCGACAUAAUGCCAGACAUUUCUUUGGCGUCCGUCCUGUCGUCCGUCUUUUUUAUUGUUCCUCUGCCCUUGCUUCCUGUCCUGCCGCUAUUCUUCUCUGUAAGCAAUUACUUUCUGUUCUCGUUCUGUCUUUACUUCUUAUCAUAACCUCUGAGUCCUUACUUCCUAUCUUACCCCUGUUUGCUGCCCUACAUUGUGUCGCUUUUUAUCUCUGGUCUGCCCUUACGAGCUGUCAAAAAUCUUGCUAUCUUUUCAUUCUUGCCCUUACUAUCAUCUUUGUUCUGCCCGCUUACUUCCUGCCAUACAUCUAUUUUUACUGUCCAUCCUUCUCUAUCCUUACCUACUAUUAUUGUCCUGUCCAUGCAUUAGUCAGUUAUUACAAGCUAUCCUAUUGCUAUUCUUUCUGUUAUCCUAUUGCUAUUCAUACCUCUUAUUAGCCGAGUUUUCGGUCCGUACUGUAAAUUACGGACCGAGUUUUUUUCCGUCGAUUUAUGGCCGAAGCGCGAAGAGCACGGGCCAUAAAUCGAUGGAAAAAAAACGGGGAUCCGUAAUUUACAGUACGGACCGAAAAAACGACGCUAAUAAGAUGUUUAUUAUAUGGCUUCUUCCUGUUUGGGGAACCGGAAACAAGUGCAGGACGCACGAUUUGACAGUCAUUUGACAGGCGUCAAAAUAGAAAGUUCUUAUUGGCACACGAAAACAAUAGCACAUAACAAAGGCUUUCCGAGAAAGUAAAAACAAAUUCGCCAUGUUGAAAAAGUUUAUUCGGUCAAAAUUAAGAGCACCGUAAGUUUUAGCUUUUUAAUGUAACGCUGGAGUAUUUUGGAAACCGGACCCUGUGUCUGUCUAGAAGUCGUUUCCAUCUUUCCACUGUUUGUCCUUGUAAAAAAAAAUACUGCAAAAGGCAAAGAAGCUUUUCAAGGUAAGUUUGUUGUCAUUGUCGAAGGAUUCGCUCGUUAAUUGUUUUUGGGAAAACCUCUCUUUCUGCCAGUUCAUUCUCGUCUUCAAUUGUGAUCUGCGUUAAAAUUUUCAAACACUGACUAAAAUUCUCUUCCUCGGUAAGGUUACGAUUCAGUUUCUACACCAGGUUCGUUCUCAUUAAAACAAAGCUAGGUUAAAAUUUGGAAAGGCAAAGUCAACAUCCCAGUCCUCAGGGUUUACAGAUAUAUUUUAACGUUUAUUCGGUCAAAACUAAGAGCACUGUAAGUAUUCACUCGUUAGUGUGACGCUGAAGUCUUUUGAAAACUGGACAUUGUGUCUGGUUCGAACUCGCUUCUAUCUUUCUUUUGUUGGUCUUCGAAAAAACACUACAAAUGGCAAAGAAGAUUGUCAAGAUGAUCGGGUGCAGGUAUGUUUGUUAUCAUAUUUCUCUUAGGCAAAACAUCUCGAAUCUCUGCCAGUCGAUUUUCGUCUUCUUAACUGUGUACUCACGCGAUAAAAUUUUUAAACACCGACUAGAAUCCUCUUCGAUAAGAUUACGAAUUUAAUAGUUUCUUCACCGCCUUCGUUCACAAAUAAACACAGUUUAAAAUGUUGAAGGCCAAAGACAAAAUCCAAGUCCUUAAGGUUGAAAGGUGUCCUAUAACUUUAUUUAAACCUUUUUUUCCGAGGUAAAGAGAUUUAGAGCUCCGAAAUGAGAAUUUUCUUUAAAAUUUUGGUCCGUAUAGCAAGUUACGGACCGCAAAUUGACCAAUCGCAUGGCAAAAACAGACUCAGCCAUAUUAAUAAUAAUUUCUGUUAUUCCACCUUGUCCGAUCGCUGUUCUUACUGUCCGUCUUUUCACUUUUCUUAGAAUCUAUUUUAUGCUGUGAUGUCUAUCCCUUUACUGUUCUUAUUUCGUUCUGCUCAUUGUUUACUUUCCAGAUAUUCCUGUCCUUACUGCCUGUAAUACCUAUGUUUUUUACUAUCUGUCCCUCCUUAUCGUGUGCCUUUCUGCUAUUCUUCUGUCCUUAUUGUCUAUCGAUUCAUUUUAACUGCUAAAUUCUUCCCUGUGCUGUUUUUAACUGCCCUUCUUUUGUUCUUGUUGUCUAUCCUCCCUCUAUUACUAUCUGAUCUAACUACACUUGAAUUGUGCUUUUCUAUCCUUUACCUACCCUUAAAAUAUGAAUGUUCUCUCUAUACAUUUAGUAGUCUGUCCUCAUGACGUGUUAUAAUGGUUUGCGCUUCCUCUGUCAACACUUUUCCCCUCCCUCUUUAAAUCUCUACCCUAGUACAGAUUUUUUCGUCUAUUCUUAAUGUGAUGUGCUGUUAUGCCCUGGCCUCUUUCAGCCUUACCCAGAGUCUAUCCGUCCGCAUAUAAAUGUUUGGUUUCACUAUGUAUGAACGGUCAAUCCUCACUGUUUUCUGCUAGCGUUUCUGUCUUUUUUUAUUUUUCUUUUACAUAUAUCCUGUCCUUUCACAACAACUUUCUGCUCUCACUAAGUUUUUACUUUCCAUCCUCAGUGUUGUGCUCUGCUGUCCUUUUCAAGUCCUUCUGUCUCCGGAUCUUUCUAUGUUCAUUUGCAACCUUCUAUCCUCAUUGUGCUGUGCUUUUGUGUCUUUCUUCUGUCCUUACUUUCUUUUCUUUUUAUAUUACUGUCUCUCCUGAAUAGUGGUUAGAUUUAUAACUUCACUGUUAUUUGCUAGUCUUCUAUACUUUCUGUGCAACUCGUCCAAUACUGUCUGAUCUCACUCUGUUUUUUCUAGUCUGGCCUUUUUAUAAUUUUUUCUACUCUUAGCCUAUGUAAACACUCUCUUUGAUUACUUCGUUCUCUGUGUUUAAAGCUCGCCCCCAAACUUCUCUUUCCAUUUGUCAUUAACCUUUGUUACUGUAUGUCUAUUCGUUGUUCUUGCCGGCAAUCCUCCCUCCUCUCUUUUUUUCUGUUCCAACUCGAUCCUCUUUUAGUACUGUAUGUACUGACCUUGUUCAUCCUCCUUAAUUUCCGCUUUUUCGCCCUAUCAACGUUUUUGUCCUUGUUUGGAUAAUGUUUGUUCUGUCUUUUUGUCCUGUACCUCUAUCCUACUUGCCGUCAUUCCUCUGAUCUCACUAGAUAUCUCUACUGUGGUUUCUAUGUCAAAGUCGCAAUUUGUCUGAUCAUUAUUUAUAAACUUUUCAUUUUCCCUUACCCACGGUAGCAAAAGAAGAGGGAAGACUUAAACUUGUGCCCUUUUCUCUUUUUGCAUUCCCUCGUCUAUUUCUUUUCUUGUUUACGCUAUUUCUGUCUUCUUUAUCUUUCGAGCUAGCUCCGAUGUCAUGAGAUAAUCAUCUUUCACCUUUUGCUGCUACAAAUUAGUCAUUAUUAUGCAGUAGCCUGUGGACAAGCUCCUUAACUGGAAACGGACGAAUUUCAGUGCCACUUGGGAAGAGGAGGGAAAAACUCUCUCCAAUUUCCUUGGCUUUUAUUCGCCAAAUCUGCUUUCCAGUAAGGUGCUUGUCUACAGGCUAGUUCUUCUUGUUAUUAUCUGUAAGGUUUCCACGGCGUUUAAGAAGUUUUUGAAGAAAUACUCUUCCAAGAUUCCCUUCCGAUCACCGUCGUCUUCCAGUAUGCCGGUUAGUCUUGGAGGAGAAAAUAUAUUCGCCUCGUCCAUUAGCAGGGUAAGAAACAUACUUCAUUUGCAUGUUUAAAGUCUUAUGAUUUGUAGAGGUAGCUCAUGUUAAAACAGGUAUAUGGCUCUUACCUAGAAACUAAAUAUGAAUGAAUGAAUAAAGAGUCGUGCAGACAACAGACGUGCCCUCUUACAAUACAUUUUUUUUAACAUUUGAACAGUAAGCUCGGGCGUCAGCAUACAAAGGCGCCAUUGGCAGCCGCUCUCAGUCCAUUUAUGAGCUUACUGUAUCAUCCACCCAACCCAUGAUGUGAAUGAUUUGAUGUGUGAACGGUGGUGUGGGUUCUUUUACGUCCCACAAGAACAAGAUACGUGUAACGAGACCUACGGGACCUGUGGGACGAGACCUACGGUUUUUCGUCCUUAUCCGAGAAGACUAGAAAGUCUAACCGUUUGCAGAUGUCAUUACAAAGGUAGCACUUUCUUCUCAUCUCAGUUAUUUAAAGACCGUGAGUGUUGGUCCGGCCGGGGUUUGAACCUGUGACCUCCCGCUCAGCAGACCGACCCUCUCCCAGAUAUAAAUACAUGUGGGUAUUUUCUAACAUGUCUACUUCCUUAUAUUAAUAUCAUCUUUCUUAAAUACUUAUAUUGUUAUCGCUUCGCUCUUGUUUGAUUUUUUUUUCAGGCAACGGCUUACUCAAACGAAUCAUUCAGCUCAAAAAAGUCGUUUAUGAAAAAACAGGCAGAAAGGCAAAAGAAUGAAAACAAGCUCUACGCACCUAACACACACAUAAAAGUAAGCUACUACCUUUUAAUUUGA